GUUGUAAUUGUGUCCAUGAACCGCUGGGCGAGUCUCUCUCUCGCUCUCUCUCUCUCUCUCUGUCUCUCUCUGUAUGUGCGUGUGUGUGUAUGUGUGUGUGAAUAGGAGGGGAGAUGCUGGAUUCGGGAGAAGGUCCGCCAUUAUUGGGAAGCUGAAAAAAAUAGACUUAAACACACCGUCACACAUUUCGCUUGUACGGGGCUCAGCGUUGGAAAGGCAAACACACAGCGGGUCGGGACGCGCUGUUGGACACUGAAAAGUGUCGUUUUGGUUAAUGAAGGCUGAGCCUGUUUGUCGUGUUUUUCUACGGACUCUUUUAUUUUUGACAUAACAAAGGAAAUAAUUAUUGGUCAAAACAACGUGGUGGCUGAACCAAGAAGGAAAAACACACCGAAACAGGACGCCUCCCCCUUUUCUCCCCUCGUCCAGUCGUGGUGAAAAGACCAGGAGUUUGAACAGCAUUUUGUCUUUUUUUCCUAGACGUGAAUUUAGUUGCUUUUUUCCCCCCUCCUCACCUUUCUCAACAGAAAGAUAAGCAUGUCGUUAGUGAAAACUUCAGGCUGGUGAAAAAAAUGAGCUCGUAAUGCUGUGAGCAGAGGACAGAGAGCGUGUUUGCUGAAACAAAAGCGGAAAAAUAAUCGAUGUGAGUGCUGCUGCGAAGUGUUUUCGUCUGUUUUUUGAAAGUCUUUCACCGGCUGUGGGUCGCAGAGCGAGGAAGAAAGGAGUGGACGUAAGCUGGAUAGAGGAGGAAUGCUAUGGUAUGUUUGCCUGUACUCUUCUUUUACACAACAUAACACAUGUGAAUCGACAAUUAAGUGAGCCGAGCCAGGCUGGAAAGACAUCCAAAGGCGUUAGCUGCUCGGGCUAAUUCGAAGUGCUGCGAAUAACAAGAAACUGGGAGUCAACCACUGUCCCCUGAGUGCUGGUGUGGUUUAAAGCCCUUUCCUGUAAAAAUACUGAUAUUUCUUCUUAUGAUUCAUGACUGUGGAAAGAUUAACCCGGUCUCUAUGCAGGUUGCAGUUGCCUGUGCGUGUUAAAAUGAGAAGUUUGCAUAGAAGAGAGAAAGAAGGUCAUAAAAAUGGAUCUUAUCCAAACAUUAAAUUGGCUUGUACAACAACACCUGGAAUGUGUUGGUCUUGUCUAACACGAAUAAAUGCUUCUUUUCAAGGACCUCAAUGACUUUCAAAAUAUUAUUUUCAAGGUGGAACUGUCAGGGUUUGAUGCUGUGUCUGUGCUGAUCAACCCCAGGUCAAAAUGAAAAAUUAGAUGAUUUCUAAAUGAGGUUUGGUGUAGUUUAUGUUCAUCAGUACAGCAUGUGUUGGGGCAUGUUUAGCAUUUUCUUAGCCCUGAUCAGAUUUAGGUCAGAAUGUGAGCUCUAGCACAUAAGAAACUUGAGUCUGGAGUAAUUAUUUCCUCUCUCAUUAAAUGCCCCACUAACAUCAAAGCUUCAUGUACAGGGCUUCCUGGUGACACAGCCAGCUAAUGUGCGUACGCCCUGCCAGGAGGUGACAGGAUGUACAGUGAAUGUAUCGCCAUUUUUCCACCAAUUAAAUAUCUCAGGUGGGGUUUUUUACCUUCCCCUCUGAAUGUUGCAUCUCUGUCCCUCCACGCCAGAUGAUUAAGCUCAGAUUAUGAUCGUAAGGGUGGUAUUAACACAAUUAAGUCUGAUUUUAAUCUGUUUUUGUGCCAGAAGUAGUCACCGGUGUGUCAUGGCUUACUGCCACUGCAAAGUGGUCAUCACCCUGCCAGCCACUCCCUUUUCGUCAGAGUCCUCUCAGUGAACUUCAGUCCUUUUAUUUUGAACUGUAUUUUUUCCCUCCUGUCUCUUGGUUAAAGAUUUUAGACGGAUGGCGAGAGAUUUCACAGAGUGAGAGAAGUGUCAGAAUGUCUGAGCGGAGUUUCAGUAUCUUGGCACAAAGGUGCGCAGCAUGCACUGUACUGCUGCUGUCACUGCAAGAGAGAGGGGGACAUUUUCAAAACAGUAACUUAGCAAUUUGAUCAAAGUUCAGCAGUGUUAUCUUGUAUGUUUUACAGUUUUCUCAAGAAAAUAAGCUGACUGCUAGCACUGCAUUUGCAGACAGGCCUUUUUAUCAAUAGUUAUAUAAAAACUAUAUCACGACCAGUGUUGGUCUCCUAAAAUGAGGUCUGUAUGGUUGAUUACACCAGUCAGUGCACCAGUAUGAUUGUCCUUAUUAUAUAUCAGUCUCCUGAUGUGUUUUGAUAAAUCUUUUAAUAUCAUUUAUCAUUUCUAACACACUGACAUCUCAUGAGUCUUCGGUAUCAGCCAAUACUUAACAUCUGAAUUUGUAUUUGGAGGAAAAAUGGUAUCCGUACAUCUCUAAUUUCAGCGCAAUCAAACUUAAGUCAAGAGCUGGCUAUAGAAGAUGUAAGCACACUGACACACACAUGCACACACUUUUCCUGGUAAGACGGUCUCUUUGCUCUCAGGUAGGAGUAUUAGCAGCUGUCAGCACUUCUGUUCUCUGCUUGAUUGGGCCCUUUGCUGUGCAGUCACACUUCUCCAGGAAGCCUCCUUCUUCCCCCUAAUAGCCGUGCCAUUUGCCCAUGUAGGCAGCAGGCCGGCUACCAGCAUACCCACUCACCCCUGUCUGCCUGCCUAUCUGUCUGUCUGUCUGUUAGUCUGUUUGUGUGCCUGUGGGCUGUGGAUGUGGUUGUGAGUCCCUGGGCUAGAACAUGUUCCUAGGAUUAGAGGAGGGCAGGCUUUGUCUGUCAGGAUGUAGGCCAGAGAUGCGGCUUCAAGCUUUGAUGAGGGUACUGGAACAGAGAUUCUGUCCCAUAUUAUGUGGACGGAUAAACACAGAGCUUGGCACACGUCCUGACGGAGCGGUGGAGGAGAUAUCAGCCACUCGUAUCACGUCAGAUUCUAAUAGCAAGCACUUGACUUCCCAGUAAUCAAAUGAGGGAGGUUAUUGGAGAGUACUUGAGCUCUUUACUGUGAAAAAUACCCCAAAUCAGCGGGCCAAGCUGUGAGCAGGUUAUUUUAAUAAGCAACAAUCAUCAGUGUCAUGCUGCAGUUUAAAAACUUACCCCACACCGCAUUGUUUUAAUGUCAACCCAGUCCUUUACUUCAACAACCCUCCGUUCUGCCGAAUCAAACAGUGACCUCUCACCCUCACAUUUUUCAGAUUUCACAGCUAGCACACCUAUUAAGCCGGGACGACUGAAAAUGUGCCGAUCGCAGGGUCUCUCUCUUUCCUUGAUUUACAGGAGAGGUUUGCUUGUGAGCCAGUGUGUAGCCUGUGUUUGAUGGAGAAAAGAGCUAAUUAUAGCGGGCAGCUUUGGAGUUUGGUGGACCAGAUUACAGUCACUCUCCUCUCAAUGGCGGCCUUGUUCUAGUGGCCGAUUAUUAGGCAGAGAGAAGUGCAUUCUGGGAUGAUUGUAUCUGAAUUUCCAUUAGAAAGUGUGCCUGCCUCAGUUGAACUGAGGUUCCCUUCUCUCUCCCCACUGUUCCAGCUCUCUUGCUCAUUACAGAUUUGCAGAUGGGGACAGCCAGAUAUAAAGGCCUCUGUAGUGUGGCCUGUUCUGUUUUAGAGCCAGUUUAAGUCUGUGUCCUGAAUGGCCGAAUUAUGUCUGAGAGAACUGACCCCGAGUCAGCAAACGGGGGCUUUUCCUAGUUCUUAUUGAAGGGAGUUUAUACUGAGAAAAAUAUCCUGGUACUUCUGUGCAUGAGCUCCUCUUUGUAACAAAUGGUUCACCCAACCAUUGCUAUAGAAAUCGAUCAUUUUUAAGGAUUGCGUUUGCUGUAUAUCCCAAUUGGAUGUCUUUAUGGUAUUGCUUUUCCAAUACUAAUGCAUUCUAAAUGUAUAACACCAGUGAAUAGAUAUGAUUUAUUGCCUGAAUGGUGGUCAUAGGGGGUUGUUAAGACGAUUUUAACUGGUCUUCAAAAAAAAAAAGGGUGAAACUGUUUGGAAGCCUGGUGGCCAUGGAGAUGAAGGACCAGGAUGUAAGCCACAGAGGAAUGGUGACCUCUGGACGUGAGCGGCCCUGUUUUGCUUUUCUAGCUCCAAUUACACAACAAGAGAGACCAGGGUAAUGGGGCUGUGGUAAUUUGAAAGGACUGUAGAGAGGGAACAUGAGGGGAGAACCAGCAAGAGAGUGGCAUAACAAAGUUGGUAGUCAGUUAGAGAAGGGGAAAAAAAAAUGCAGGAACUGGAGAAGGUAAAGUAAAGCGAGAGCAAACUGCUGCCAGUUUGUGCUUCAGGCUGUGUUCCUGGUAUGUGCCCUUCCAGCUUUGUGCUCAGGGAUCAACCAAUCAAUGACAGCCAUAAGUAACCCUGCUGCUUGGCUAUUGGCCACAGCUGAAUUCCAUGACUCAGCAUGUCCGUAGAUAAGAUGUUAUGAUUGAGUCACUGCCAGUGAAAUGAGGCCACAGCCCGGAGUUCAAUAGGUUGGACUUUGGCUGCUCACAAAAAGCUUGUACCACCCACUUACAAAGGCAGGAUAGUCCAACAAGUUCUCCCAACUUUUUCAGAUUUUGUAAGGGGCUAGAUAAAAAAGGAAAAAAAUUGUCAUAUAAAAUGCAAGCUCUUGUUAAAAUUCUCAAUGAGCUCUGAUUGGUUUCCGGUGAUUCAAAGACUGUAGACACUGGAAACUUCUCACCCUGGAAGACAAAGACAGACUGCCCUGAAAUCCACCUACACACAUAUUAAAGGAUAACGUUUGGCAUGUUUGCACUUUGUGGCCACAUUUCUCACAUUAACCUCAGACUUAUUUUCUUUUUUGUCCAAACCUGUCGCUUUGACCUACAUUCUCAAAGUUCCAGCCUUUAUUGCCUGAAUUCGGCCCAACUCAGGAGGAAAAGUCACCGUGUAUCAUUGUUUGACUUCUUUUCCCUGGAGAUUCUCCCGUAUGGCGCCCAUGGGUUUCCUGUAGGAAGUCCACCUAUGAUGGCUGGUUGUGUCAGGGGGGAAACGGGAGGCCUGAAGAGGUGGUCUGGAAGGAGGAAAGGAGGAGAGCUGUGGGUCAGUAAUGGCAGUAACAGAGUCUGUAUAUUGUAUCUAUAUUAAUAUUAUUUAGCUCCCUGAUUUCUCGUUCCCUUUCGUCUUAUUAUUGCUCUCAUAAAAGACGCCGGGUACGAAGAGUGACUGCUGCUUGAGUCGUGCUACAUUCCACUUGUUGGAUGGACCGAUGGAAAGCUCAGUCCUCAAGCUCCUGGCACAUCUGAUAGUACAAUAACAAAGCAUCCUCACCUCAGCCUCUCCUCUCGCUUUAAAUUGCUUCGUGAAGACUGUAAUAGAAAGAAUAUGAAGUGUGACUAACUGAGCUAUUAGCUUUUCAUUUUUACACAUUAGCAAUAAUACGAUUAUGUGUCUUGUAGGCUUGCUGUGUUAGCAAGUGUUAGAGGUUUUAUACAACACCCAGGCAUACGCAGACUUAAUUACUUGUCCGCCAUUGUUUUUAAGGAUGCUGGCAGUGCUUGGCAGAUGUGCUGCAAUUUAUGUUCUGAAAAUGCCAGCGAGUUCCCCCAGAGCAAUGUAAACAGGCAUUGCAGCAACAAGGAGAAGACAGAGAAGGUAUUAGAAAGGAUUGCUGUAUCACAUGCCUUUAGGCAGAUUUAAAACAGACCAUACUUUAAGAAAGACGAGCAAAAAACAACAACCCAUCUAUAAAAACAGCAGGAAGGUAAACAUUUGACUUCUAACCACCGAGACCAGCCCUGUUUUCUCCCUCUGAGGAAGCUCAUUAUCAGUCUGGUGUGAAUUAUGACAUUGUGGAGGGCAGUGGCAAAAGUGUGUCAACUGUGGACGGCAGUGUUGUCUCCCAGCUGACAGUAAACUCUGCUGACAUCACCUCACUCAGACGUCCUAUAUAUCAUCAGCUAACAUGUUGUACACUGUCAUAUAUCCUCGAUCAUCAAUAACGAGUUGUCACAACUUAUUAGCCUUGCUCUGCCAUCCUCAGUUUCAAGGAUAUUUGGCACCAGGUGCUUCAGUAAUUUUCUCUCGGUGCAGAGUCGUGGAAACGAAAGGAACCUUGGAUUUCAUCUUAGUCCUUCCUAAUGUGUCACCAAAUUAUGACAACUUUAGGUAUCACAUGUGUAUUAUUACUUAUAGUCAGUGCAUAAUAGUGCUGCUGAAACCAGAUGUUUAGUUUGCGUGUUGUCUGUUUACCAUGCUGUCUCUGGCAUGCUGUUCCUGUCCAUUGUCCUGACAUCUUUAUUAGUGUGUUUGUGCACCUGCAGCCUUCAGACAGAGAAGAGAAGGCUGGAAAAUAAGAGGCAGAAGGGUGUUCUCCAUUUACCGUCUAUUUUAAUUAAAGCUGGCAAGUGUAUUCACAUAUUGACAAGCAUGAGAGAAGAAAGAAGGGGAACAGAAGUAUGGAGGAGGAGAUAGGGGACUGCAGACCCAAACAACUGGACCUCUUUGAAGUAUCCCCUUGACCCUAGUUCUUCUGACUUUUCUCAAACUCUUCCUAAGCUCUAUCGAUACCUCUUAUUUUCUCUCUGCUUCUUCUCUCCUUUUUGUCGUUUUUACAAGGUGGCAGAAUAUUUCAGUUCCCAUGGCCCUCACUUUACAUCCCCUCAAUUUUUCUGCCCUCACAGCACAGUGCAGCGUUAUUGUCAGAUGUGGUUAAGGACACAGGAAGGGCACCACCUUGUCAGUAGAUGUUUGUCUCAGAUGCCACUUCAGGGGGAUCUGGCCACCACUGCGGUGGCCUUUGGCAUCUCCCCGGUGAACAUUUGCUGACACGGUCUCUCCUGCACGGACAAGGACAAACAGAACUCUGUAUUUCUGACAAGCAACAUUUUUUAUGAUGUUUGAUUAGGAAUUCUUAACUUGGAGCAUGCCCCGGGCAUUUUAACACCCGCAAAUCAUUAUGUGGCUCUUGUUGUGUUGGAGCAUGGUUGAUGCCACUCAACUUUCAGAGUUUGUAAGUUGGCAUUUAAAGGUGGGGUAGGCAGGGAUCCGUUAAAAAAAGCAUCUUUUUUUGUGGUGUAUUUACAAAAAAGCUUUUAAUAUAGGCCAAUAGCUAUUAGUUAUUUAUGACAUUUGGGAAUAUCACGAUAUCGCUUUGUUUUGCCUGUGUAGUCAACAUGUUAAAAUUUCUGAGCGGCCUGCUCAUUCUGCCUGUAUACAAAGCUGUUCUCCGCCUCCCCCAACCUGAUUGGAUGUGAGGCAGAUGCUGCUCCUUCGUGUUGUGAGGCACACACCAUGAAUAACGUUCACGAGCCCAAACAAAAGUUAGCGUGCUACAAUAUCAGACGGAAACCAACCAGAACGUAAGAAGAUUGUCUGAAAGCUCCUCUGACCAUGACUGCCAACACAAGCAAGAAAACCGAGUAAAUAUCGGAGACUCUGGCGGAAUAACGGGCGGUUAAAAAGGAGGUAGACUGGACAAGAGCUAAAAAACCGGGUCAACAUAAAACCUAGUUGUAUCUAUCCUAGUUGUAGAAGUCCUGCAAACAUUGUGUUUGCUGGUAGUCUGUUGGCAUCCACAGUAGCACCAAGCAUUGUAGCAUUGUAGUUCUUUCCUUCAUGGUAUUGUUUGAUUAGAAGGAACAGCUCUGUUUUACUUGAGUGUUUCUAUGGUAACCAGUAGUGGCUAUUCCAAACUAUAUGGAGCAAACCAGGAAACACGCAGACCAUGUGAAUGUGGGUUUGCCAAUCAAAUCUUUGUAGCAAUACAUUAGUCAAAGUUGUAAAUGGAAGAUCAGUAAAUAUUGAAUUGCGACCCCAAAAUAGUGUGAUAACAUCAAAUCAGGAGGUAAGUGUAACACCCCAGCUCUUCUGUAAGCAGACAAUGUGACCAACUGACCCGCCCUCACCCCCAGCAGACAGUCAGAUUGGUUCAUGCCGCUGGGCAGCUUUUGACAGUGGACAUCAUAUCCUGUUUAAGGUGAGAAGAUAAGGUGUCUCUUCAUGACCAUUUGUUAUCUCAGGCAACGAGCCUCCAACACCUCCGCAUCCCUUAUCUGGCCCAGUCCCAGCUUCUGGCCCCGACUUGAGCUCACGCAGGGUCAGGGCUGAUGAGUAAGCACUGCUCAGCCUGCAGAUGGCCGGGCCUGCUGUUAUCGAUCGCAGCGCCACUGCCUGUCAUCCAGCCACCACUUAGCUAAUGAUGUCCAUAGUAUUGUCUCACAGCUGGGAAAACGGCCAUAAAACAGAGAGCAGCGGAUUGGAGGGGAAGACGGAUUUUUACAGAUAGAAGAGGCACACCCAGAGCAGUCUGAGCCAAGUCAGACAGCGUUUUGCUGUCCUAGCAUGGAUGAAGUGUCAUUCUUAUAACUCUGUCAUUGUUCCUGUUGUCUGUCUUGGUCUUGUAUUGAAGAAAGACACCACGGUUCCUGACAGCCCGCAAGUCUCUGUGUCAGCUCGGUUCCUACCUUGUUACUCUGAUUGUAACUGUUGUUAGGCAAACAACACUCUUGAUUGUGCUGAAUAAAUAAUCUCAGUGAUGAAUCACCUUGACUGCUUCAAUCUUCAGGCAGUUAGAGGAAGGCAGCUCUGAAUGCUGUUAAAAUGUCUACUGUGCCAUUUUUGGGGAUUGUAAAUGGAUUUAGUCCUGGGUUGAGGUUUCAGUGGGGUGAUGUGGGUCAUUUCUCUUUUCAGUGCCAUAAUUUCCCAGGAUGCAGUGGGGGCCCCAAGGUCCAUAGCUCUUAUGUCAGAGUUCAUUUCCUGUUGUAGUGUUCCAGCAGCUCCUGAGGAUCCACCAUUUUGUAACAUUCCUGAUGAGGACGGGAGAGAUGUGUCUAAAUAAACCCAGACUUUACUCACAACUGUGGCUUUCACUUGUUAUUUACAUUAACGCAGGAUAGGCUGACUUAACAAAUGUUACACAGGAUCAAGUAAACAUGAAAUUUCUCGCAAUAGUCUUUGCUGAUGUCUGUAUUUCCAAUAAUACUCAUAAUUCAACAUUUCUGCUUCUGAAUCACAAACCCCAAAUCUGACUCUGCAUGAAUUCCUCCGCUGCCUUGCUGACUCCCAUGUAUGUUUUAAGUCCUGAAGAUAAAAGUAAGAGAAACAUGGGCCAAGAAUGUAAACAUUUCGAGGAGUUGUUUUUGGUUUUGAGGGUUGUUAACAGAGAACACGGCUCGUAUUAGUCACAGUCAUCGGACAGAGGAGAGAAUGCAGCAGACCUCUUUGCCCAAUGAGGGAAAAGGUCGUAGGGAAUGCAGUUUGUCAGGUCAGGACGAGCUGGGCUUGUUGUGGCUUAAAUCCUUGUGACUGCAGGAAAGAAAAUGAGGCAGAAAGAGGUGAGCCUCAAGUGGACUCAUAUUUGGUUAAACAUGCAUUUCAAGCCAGACCACUUCUGUGUGUGUAUGUACGGUCUGUCUGCGUAUGUGGAAUUUUGGAUGUAGAUUUUUGGUUGUGUAAGGACCCUAUAUCUACUGUUACCAAAACUGAUCGUAAGAAUAAGGUGUAAAUUGACUAAUCUCCUUUUGAAAGUAAUGAUAAUUUGAUUUCUAACAGUGAAGAGGCUAUGCAGAGGUCUACAUGCUCAAAACUGAUGCAACUGAGGCUCUAAGAAUCCUACAUUUCCCAUCAUGCAACUCAGUGAUACACAUGGCCACUUAAAGCUCCUAUGAGAAACUUUUGGCUAAUGUUGAUCAUGUUGAUUGUCGCACCACCUCUUGAAAAAGCUGUCUUUGCUCACUUUGUCCUAUGCAGUUGCUGUUUCUUGCCAAAAAUGCCCCCCCACUCUCUUAAUCAUCAGUUUUAUCACUCAAUGUGAACCUUAGCUGUGAAAAAGUCUGUAUUAGCGACAUGCAGUUAAUCACUUGGUCUGACACCUACCCCUUAUCUCUGGUUUAAGGCAUUAAAAUAACUUUUUAGGUCAUAAUGAGAUGUGCAUUUUAAUUUCUGUUUGUUUGAUGACUAGCUAAAGAUUCCUCACAGGAGCUUUAAGUGUUUUUCAGAUUUGAAAACCUCCAAACAAAACCACAAAGACACUUUUGAAAUAUAAAGGAGGAGUUUUAAAAGCUAGCAGUCCCCCUUAUUACUGUAAAAUUGAGCUUUUUUUUGGUCAAAAAUGUGUUGAUACACUUAUUCAAAGUUAAAAUGGAACAAUUAAUGUACAAAAGUAGACUUUGCUUGAGUCUUCCUGUUGACAUUAAAUCAAAAACACUCAGUUCUUGGAAUCAUUAAGUGUCCUUAUACAAAGUCUUUCCCAUCAGAAUGGACACUGUCCCUCAUACUUGUCUGGUGCUCCCUGCCAGUGUUUGUACAUGCUGGCUGUUUUGUUUUCAGUCAUGCAGUUACUCCUAAAAGGCAAAGUAGUUAAUCACUAAUGACCCAGGAUGACUAAUGGCAUAAUCAUCCCACAGUGAUUGUGGUAAAUGCUGAUUAAGAUUGUCUUUUGUUCAGCCUUGUUGAUCUUAUCUGCUCAGUGACAGAGACAUUAAUUCACAAAUAACCCUGAACAAUCAGGACAGACAUUAAACGAGAUCAGAGGCAGCAUAGUUUUGAGAUUAAACCUGCCCUGUGACCUAGAUUCCUCGGAUCAUACAGUAGAUUAUGACAUGUUUGGCUACCUUUCUGCCCUUGGAUUCGAGUUAAAGUAUGCUGAAAUGAUUUCCCAGAGAAACAAAGUGCUUCUCAACCAUCAACUAAAGUCCCCUCAGGUUAGUUUUCACCAGCGAUGGUAGGAGUGCAAUUAAAGUCCAGAUAGUGGAGCUAGUUUAGAGCUAGUGGCAAGAGGAUCCACACCGAGGUCGUGGCCUUUUUCUAACCAAAACACUUAACUUACUAAUAAACGUUUAAGAUCCCUGAGGGUGGUACUGUCCACAGCAGAGCAGAUUCUUGUGUUUGUUUGAAGCUGACACUCGUGAUCAUGGAAAGUUCAGUGACUCUCGUGUUUUUGUUUUCUCUCGCUAUCCUCCUCUGCUCUGCUUAUUUGAUAAAUAACUCUGCAGGAGCCACAAAAGAGAGCUGUCAGUCAUGACGCUGCAUCCCCUCUUUUUAGCUUCUCCGGCUCAAGAGAAAUAGAACUAACUGCUAAAACAGAAAGCAUGUUUAAGAAAAAAUAAAUUAGUUUUUUUAGUUUGACCAAUGAUCUUUCUAUGCCAGUAGAGGAGGCGGGGUUUAAGACCAAAACUGUAGCUCAUCAUUAGGGGGAGCUUUAAAAGUUUUGGUUUCUCUUGGACCAGCUGUUACUCCGUCCAUUGUUUUGUAUGGUCUAUGUUUCCUACAUAUUUAACUGUUUCCUUUUUAAACAAGAAACUUUGAGGGACUUGACACCUGUUGAUCAGCGGUCACACAAGCCAAGUUGACUUGAAUAGUAAAAACGCAAUGACGAUCCACAACUGCUGGCUAACUUGUGAUCAAACUCAAUGCAGCAAGAAAAGUGAAAACAGGUGGAAUCAUACAAGGACAGCUCAUCCAGUUAUUGCCUUUUAUUUCAGUAGUUUUCUUAAGAUCUAAACUUGAAUGCCAGAUAAUCAUAAUUUGCACCCCCAGAGUUGCUCAAGCACAAAACAAACACAGGAGUAGGCCGAACUCACCUCAUUACCGUGGGCAAAGGCAGCAUGGUUUUCACUGGAAAACGAGCUUUGAAAUCUCAAGAUAACAAGAUAAAGACUUUGAGAUCUCCAUAAGAGAACAACCAGAAAACAGAGUAAAUAAAACAUAUGAGUCUGCUUCAGGCUACUGCAGAAGGAAACCUGCACCGAGAGUAUUUUACAUUUUAUGCUAUGCGGUCAAAUAAUCUGGAUUGUUACAUUGUUAAUGUGGCUGAAAACAGCAGGCUUUCUGUCAAAAACACGUCACAUCUACAGACAAAGAUACUCAUGAUUCAUGUGUCUAUUCUAGUACAUAUGAUUGAACAGAGUUUCCCACGAUGAUUGUAAUCCUGUGAAUGAUCAUCGCCCUGUUAGUAGAGAGUGAUAAUUACAUGCCUGUAUUAGUUUCUGCAGGAAUCAAGAUUAAUUAUAGAGUUUCUGAUGCCGCCAUUAUCUCCACCACCUGUUGUUUAUAUACUGUCAAGAGUCGGAAACUGAAGGGGCUCGAGGAAAGAAGAUCAGGAGGAGAAAGGAACAUAUCAGAGCCAUCAGCUGAGGUGUUUCCAUAAACAUGUCAGGUCAUCUGAGUCAUGCAGGUUUGAUUGCAGGGUACCAACUUGUUUGUUUGCUGUUCGUUAAAAACCGACCAAACAAGUGCUGCAGACUAGUUUAACCUGCCCUUGAACUGCAGCCCGAGGCAUCACACACAAGCGCGCUGACUGGCAGACCUUAAGCAAACCCUGUUUUGACAUACUCAGAUAAUACUGAGACUCCUAUCCACUCUAUAUCUGCUUUUGCUCCCCAACCAUGUAAAUAUAUCCCCACUCUGUGUCCUUAUUCUCUGUUUGGCCGUAGAGGAUCAGAUUCUUGGAAAUUGUGCAACUCUCAAAAUUUCCACGUGCAGCUUUUGACCACAGAACAGAGCUUACAUCUCCGGCCUUGCCUUUUUCCUUCGCUUCCUUUCCUUGCUCCUUCAAGGGGUCAGAGUUUACAGGAGACAUGGGUGGGUGGUGUGAGCCAUCUCCUUUUGGGGAUUGGGGAUUUGGAGGAGGAGGGGGUGCUCCUCAGGGUCUUGUGAGGUUGGGCAGCAGCCCCAAAGAGGAAGACAGGAAGCGGUGAUGGCAGAGAGAGAGAGAGAGAGGGAAGGAACAGCUUGCUGUUGUUGUACUUUGUUUGUUUUCUCACAUGUCAGUGCUAAAGUGGGAGACAUAGGAUGUUGAUGGUUUGGACUUUUUUGCCAAGAAGAGCGUGUAUGUUUGUUUUUAAGCCUCUAGAACCAUCUGCUUCACCACAAGGUCAGCAGAUUAAAACUUAAACUGUGAUUGAGCACAAUUUUGUAGAAUUUCAGGGGGGUUUCUACAUACUUACCAAGAAUAAAAUAGGAUUAAAUUGGGUUGUUUUUCCACGGUUGACUCUUUCAAAGUGUCUAUAAUGUUCGCCGUCAUGUGUGAAACCCUUGUGCAAAGGUUGUAAGAGCUGUGAGAGCGUGUAGGGCGUUGCUCGUGGUGCUCCCCAAUGAUGUACGGUCGCAAACAGCUUCCAGUGCUUGCACAGCUGGGGUACACUUGACGGACCUCUGCAGUGAACAUAGAAAGGGAGGUCUGGGGUGGAGGCAGACAGAGAGAGAGAGAGAGAGGGGGAGAGAGUGGCUGGACCAAUACAACAGAGGAAUGCAGUCAGGGACUUCAGGGCAGGAUACUAACUGUGAAAAAAAGUACAAGCAAGUGCAGAGAAAACACGAGUAGAAAACUGAUUAUAAAUGACAAAUCCCCAGCUCUUGCAACCAAACAGUGUUAGCUUCUGUAUCCCGAGGCUGGGAAAAUGCAACAUUAAUGAUUCCAACCCAAUCUCCUGCGUGUACUUUUGCGCACAUGUGUGUCGGCUGUGUUUUUGUUUGUGGCCUCUCCUAAAUUCAGCAGACAGAAACAGGAAAUUUUGCCCCUCCCCUCCCUCCGUCCUCUCUUCAUCCUCUGCCCUGCGCUUGCUGCCCUGCUCUGAUUGGCCGGGAGGGAAAAGCAAGGGAUGAGGUUUUGUCGUCUAAUCUGGCAGCGGAUCGCCACUGAUGGGCCUCUGUAGAAUGGCUUUAGUAAAUUACUGUUCCAGGGAAGGGCAAAUCCCUUCUAUCAGAUAGCAGCUCUCUCUUCAUCUCUCCCUCCAUCCCAGGGCCCGCACUCUCUUUCUCCUCACUACAUCAGUCAGGCUUUGACUUUAUCUCUUCAUCACUACCUUCCUCUCCUCCUCGACUUUUUUCCCGUCUUCAUUGUCCCUUCAUUUUCCGUUUUUUUCACCCCUCAUUUUAAUACCUCACGUUGUGUGCCUAUUUGUGUGUGCAGCAGACCUGAUUUACUCCGCCCAGGGGCCUCACACCUGGAGUGAAUGAGACGGCUCAUGUUGGAGCGAAAGAGAGAAAGAGAGAGAAAGAGAGAGAGAGACGCUCUGUGGAUUUUGCUCCAAGGCUACUCAUCGACAUCAACACAUUACAGACUUGUUCGUGUGUGUGUGUGUGUGUGUGUGUGUGUGUGUGUGUGUGUGUGUGUGUGUGUGUGUGUGUGAACAGUCUCCUCUAUCCCCUGCUGUGUUUGUGCAUGUUAACAAGAACGACCAGUUCUGAGGGCAGCCAUCUUGCCUUGCCCAGUCUGAAACUCAUGCAAGAAAAAAAACACCUCCUGCUACUGGAUGUUUAAGGAUUAGAGGGAAUUGUUUUUUAAUUUUGCAUACCUGUGUGACAAAAGGCACAACUUAAGAAGGAAAGAGGAUUAAGGAGUUGGAGAUACUGCAAAAACAGGAGUGUUUUUGUCUACCUGUGACCAACUGUGUGUUUGUGAUCUCGCCUGAGGUGGGGAAUGUUGCACGGCAUGGAGCCAAACUUCCAGUGACCUCCUUCACAAUCACGUUGAACAACAUUGUUGCCCGAGUCGGCAGUGACAUAUGGCGUCCAGGCCUGUCUUGUGUCACAUAAAGCUGCCAUCGGUUGCUGCAGAAGAUGCUCUGAUAAUUAACAGGUGGUGCCUGGAAAGAGGUGGAGAGACCACACACACACAUAUUUCAUUUAAAGUGCUGCCUCACCAAACCCGAUUUACAGUUACCCAACCCAGGAGAAAUAUCCGUUGAAUAAACGCCGUUGUUGUCGUUUGAUAACAAGUUCAUGCGCGUGUACAGUCAUAUCCCAGUUUGUGUGUCGAGCUGGUUUUGGCGAGUUUCCUGCUAUGAUUACAAGGAACAUUUGGUUAUCAUCUGCGGAUAACCAAACCUGUCUGCUCGUCUUAAUUCUAAGAUAUCUCAACCAAUCUGUUUUGAUACACAAGUCUGAUUUGUUAAGAAGGGAAGUGCCGCAACCACCAUUCUGCUGGAUCACCACUCUAACGGAGGAUUAGAGUAGAAAUGCAGUUUAACGUCACAUUAAAGACACUAGACUUAAUUCAGGAGUGUUAAGACGGCAUUGUUCUGAGACUAAGUAUCAUUCUUUUAAAUUAUUAUUGGCAGUAAUGACGAUUAUUUUCUCCAUCAAUGCGGCAACUUUUAGGUCAAGACAACGCUUUAACGUCUGCGCUGAUGAAGUUUUUAAGACCCUGGAUAAAGCACUUUGAUUUUUUUACUCUAAGCAUAACAACAGUCUAAAACUUAACCUGUUCUUAAUAUCGAAAGGCCCGAUUUAUUAAGAUCUUCUUGACAAAUUGCACGUUUGUGACUCAGUGUUAAGAUCUGUGUUGGUGUGUGGUGGUAUUUAAAUUAGGGUUUCAACUCGUUUAUGCUGUGGAGAGUUUGGACAGGAAGCAGACUAACAGCAGCUGCCAGAUCAGAUCCAGACCAAUCAGAGCUAUUAGUUAAGGACACUUAAGCGUGACCUGAAAGAUAUCUGAAUCUUACUUAAAGGAACGUAACAUGAGAGAUUACAAGUGAGGAGGUAAAACUGGCACCUCUGCAGAAUCACAACAUCGUGCACAAACUAAAAACAGUCCACCACAGCUCUCGAGGAUGGAUUAUUAUCUAUUGUGCAGGAGGUGUAGCCUAUGACCUUUUGUGGCACAAGUGUACUCAGGCCACUGUCACGCGCACCAGAAAGCUGGUCAGCCCUGUAUCUGCUCUGAAAAUGGUCAUAAAUACUCAGCAAGAGGAUGUAAAAGAAGCGCCGAGGUCUCCUCAUCCAGAAGGAGUUCUGCUCUUUUUCAUUGAAAUAAUGUUUUGUCCUCGUCGCUGAUACCGGAGCAGGAUUAGUUAGAUAAGAGCAUAAUGGCUGUGAACAGGAUUUAAUGUCUCACUGCUCUCUGCUUCAACAAAAGAGUUGAACCAGGUUCAUGUUUACGUCAUUCAAACGUUUUUAUGGCGACUCGAUUUAUACUGGAGCUCUGCAGUUAGCAUAAUCAUAUAAGAGGGUUUUCUGAAAACACUUAGAUUUAUUUGUUUGAACCAGACCAAUAUAUUACUCUACAGUAAGCUGAUUUAGAACUAUUAGAGAUGGAUCAAUAUUAGUGAAUUUAUGUAUUCAGAAAUGUGCUGAUAUAGGGUCUUUCUUUACAGAUUUAAGAUUCAAAAAACAGUGUUAAUACUGUAGGAACUGCCUUCAAACAUAUAGCAAAGCUUUAAAGCAGAGCAGCCUGGGACAACUGGUAGACAGUGAGGUCAAUUGCAUGAGAAAGCCUUUGCAUAAAUAAGCAUCUGUGCGAAACCUGCUCCAAAUUCACAGUAAAAAAAAAAAAAAGGUUUGUAUUCAUGCCAGAUUAAAAUCUCAGUAUAUGUAUCACCUAAUUGGUAUCGGAGGGAUUUUGUUCCUCUAAAAUGGUCUGAAAAAUUGUGGAAAUGCAAAACCUCGAACCCUGAUCAUUACUUGUUUGCAUGUGAACCCACUCAGGAGCCUCUAUGCUUACUUCAGCUGUUCCUUUAAUCACCUGUAAUUAUUGAUUAUCAGCUGGACCGUGCUGGUGUCGGUGUGUUUGGUUAUGUUGCUGCCUAGCUGGUGCAGCAUUGUAACACUCUGAGAAUAAGCAGACCGCCGAGCCUGUUUCUGGCUGGUGUACCAAUACAGAUUAGAAUGACAGGAGGACUCGUGUUUGGUGAGCCCCACCCUUCUUUAUCGACUCUCUCCCCAGCAGUCUGAAAGGAAGCAUCUGCCUGCCCCUCUGCCUCCCCGCCGCACAUGCUCUCUCCCUCUCUCCACAGCCCACACUGCCAGCGCUGCGGCGGCGGCUGCUAGCUAUCCAACUCGAGCUGAUGUCAGAGCCUCUAAUCUCUCUCGCAUAAAGGCCAUGCAAAGGGAAUUUAUGUUAGUCUGCCACAGGAAGAAAAGGCGAAGCGGAGAAUCGUUUGAGCAGGUUGACAGAUAAGGCUCUUGUGCUUUCUGUGUGGUGCUUUUUAAGCCAUGUUAAGCUGCUUAAUUAGACAUAAUCUACAGACCCCAGACUGAGGCGGAACUAAUGAAGUUAAAAGACUCAAAUCCCAUCCUACCAUCACACUCUCCUCCACUCCACACCAUCACUUGUGCCUCCCCGUCUGAGAUCACCAUGCUCUCCUCUCUCUUGCCUGCUGUCACACACUCUCCUCCUCGCGGCACACGCUGCCCCCUCAUCCGCUUUCACAUCCUACUCUUUUCUUCAUAACACCAUCAUAUGCAGACCCUCUAAUCUGUCCCCAUGGUUACCCUCAAACCCUGAAGAAAGGUACAUUUUCAUCCGCUAAUGCGUUCGACAAUCGUAAUAAAAAAAUAAAUGUAUGAUGGAGGAGGGUCAAAAGUUCACCAGAAAGUUGAAGAGAAGUGUGAUACAGACAUCGCUCAAACUUGGACUCAUGAGGAUUUCUAACAUUUUAGUAAAACUAUCUGUAAUUUUGGUGCUGAUGAGUUUUAAGGGCAUCUGCAAGUGUUCAGAAACUGAACUAUUGCAGAUGAACUCAUUGAGGUAAGAUAAGAAGUAAUUUAUUGAUCCCCAAAGGGAAAUUCAAUAGUCGCCAACUUCUUCUCUUGCAAGGGUCAGAUGACGAAGAGUGCUUCUACCCUCAGUCAUCAGCCCAUCUGCUUAGUUUAACACCAAUUUAACACAGACUUAAUCAGCCAAGAUUGAAAAUAUCCACCUGCUUCGAUACUUACCAGGUCUGAUUUACUAAAACUGUUUAAAAAAGAUUUUCUUUUUUGGCCGAGAACAGUAUCUUUCAAGAGUCCCUGCUGCUAACCUGGCAGUCUCACAAUGAAGACAAGUUUAUAAAAAGGCACUCUACCAAGCCAGGAAAUAAUCCUGAAAACAAAAGCACAUUAAAACACUUAUUUUUGCCCGUUUGGCAAUAAAAGGAAAAGCCCAAUUGUUGGCUCUGCUCAAAACUCUGCACUGAGUUGACUGAUUUUCUCAGUUAGAUUCUUCACAGCUCAGGAUCCCCGUCACAAACAUAAAAUAGUCAGACUCUGAAAAGUUAUAAUGAAUUCAGUUGAAGUUUAAUGCUUCACAAUUGUGAAUUUGGUACCAGUAACAAAAAAGACAUGUUUGUGUCAGUUUGUGAUAAAACUGGACAUUUCUUGCCCUGUCUGUGCUUGUUAUCCAGUCCGAGCUUGUGAGAGAUGAAAUCCUGCACAUCUAAGCUCACAGCUCUGUGAUAAAGUUCCUCAAGAGCACGACACAUAAAACAAAAACAACAUAAUGAGGGCUUUCUGAGGUCAGGCGCUAACAGCCGCUGCUCUGAUCAAAAUUCAAAAGGUUGAGGCAGACUGAGAACCCGGGGGAAGUGGUGUGUUAUAACAUGUAACUUGGCAGAGUCUGCUGUGUUUUAACACAUUUCCAUCUUUGCAGCCACUCUGCUUCCACACUUUUUCCUCCGCUCCGUUCUUAAACCUUCUCUCUUCCUCGUGGAUUAGGAAAAAUGUGUUUCUCAUGUCGGCACCGCACUUAAACUUCCCUAAUCCCAACCACGGAGCGAAUCUGUGCCCUGGCUAAGCAUGCAUACUUUAUCUGCAGGUGGAUGAGUUAUCCCAACUUUAUAUUUUUUCUUCACUGGAUAACAAUACUCUUUGUUCAUGCACCAGCUUUUGAUGUGCCCCCCUGUUGUUGUUUUGGCAUGUUUACAUAUCUCUUCUAUCUCUUGCAUCUUUCAGGACCAACUUCUUUGUCUUGUUGCGAGUUUUCCCCGAAGCUGAGCAGCAGUUAUUUUUCUUCAAUAGAGGAGCGCCUGGCACGCUAGCAAGCAAACGCUCAUCCUCUGUCCAGGAGGAGAUUGCAGCUGACCAUUGUUAGGUUUCAUCAUGCACAUGAAUGCACCGCCUCACUGGUGAUGGCCUGUCAGAGGAUCUUUUCACCCCAUUAUCUCUCUGUUUCUCCUUUAUGCCCUCCUCUAAGCACCUCCUUCCUGACUCAUCUGCACCUGAAGUUUUUACGGACUUCUCAGCCCGAUCUUUUCAGCUGCUUUCUAUCGCACAUUUGCAUUUAUUCAGAUAAAGAAAAUAUAGAAACAGACGAAUUCUUUGCAAUCAAAACUUAAUAGACUCUAAAUCUUUGCCUGUUUAUCCUCUUCAGCAUCUUCUCUUUUUUCCCUCUGCUCCUCCGUUUAUGGGGAACCUCCUCCUCCUUCCCUCCAGUGCUGCCUGGUAUCAUGGUGCUGUUGAGUGGAUCUGAGGGUUGCUGAAUUCUGGUCUUGCUUGAUUAGCCAGUGUGUGAUGCUGCAGGCAGCUUUGUUUUGUUGCUGAAUGGGCUGUUCCACUGAGAGCACACAGGAGCCGACAAGGAGCAGAGGAGGAAGGAGGCGCCGGAGAGGAGAGGAGAAGAAGGGUGGAGUGGAAAAGGAAAAAGCUGGAGAGUGCAAGAAAAAAAAAAAAAAAAGGAGCAAAGGGGGGAAGGAAAAAAAGGAGAGGUGUGCCGAGUAGAUAAGUGAAAGGAGAGAAAAGGCUGGAGCAGAAGGGGAGAGCGAAAACGAGGAGACGGUGGUGCAGAGGAGAAAAGAAAAAAGAAAUGACCUCUCCUACGGUGGAGAGGGAAGAUAACUGCGAGUGUUUAGAAAUGCUGAGGUGGACAGAAGCCAUAUCUUCCCCCAGCACAGCACCUGCUCGUCUGCCUGCCCCCCUCUAUUCAUUGACCGACUCUCUGUUGUGGCUAUUGGUGCACUUAUGUGUGUCUUGUCUGCCUUUGAAGGUGUGGGUGCCUUCACAUUAUUAUGCAUACAGUAGUUAGUAUAGCAUUUUUGCAGCCCAUUAGAUAGCAGCCUGAGAUUUUCCUCUGGAAACAUGUUAAUACUCAAACACGACAAAUCCCCAAAUCCCUGCACUGCACCACUUUAAUACAUGCAUGCUUUAAUAGCUUGUUCCUGUACAAUUUGGAAGGAGACCUCAGUGGUAGUUUUUUUCUCUAUGUCUGCACACACUGUGACAUAGUCGAAUCCUGCAUACCUAUAAGAGCUGUAGGCCAAUCCUGCUGUGGGUUAGCUUCAAUGUUAGAGGAGAGACAUGGAGUGAAAAAGCUAAAAGAUAUUUAAUUGUGAUUAAACUGAUGGGUGUUAUGGCAGUUUUUUUGUAGAUACACGCUUUUUCCAGCGCUUUUUAGCCCGUGUUUGUGGUCUGUAUAAUAUUAAUCCAGGGUCAUGCGUUACAAAUCAUCCGUCACAUUGCAAAAUCUCAGUCAGGCAACCUUGGCAGAAAUUGCAACAAAACAAACGGGUGUUGAUUUAUUGAAACGAAUCUACUUCAGAGAAAGAAAUGACCUCAGCUCCUUUUGGAGAUACCAGCGUUAAAGUCAAGACAACAAGCUGCAGCUUUCAGGGUGUAGGUUUCACAGACUUUAACUGUAAUAUCUGUAAGCUAUUAGCCAUAGCAGGGUCAUUUUAUCAACUGACCCAGGAAAACUUAUCCUGAACAUUUGACUAACACAUAGCACAUAGCUGAGAAUGUAAAACUCCAUGGCAACAGAUUCUUAUGAGCCUCCUUACAGCAGGAAUCAACAUUAAACCGAAUGUUUCAAUUCACAGUCGUGCUGUAAAUGACAUUAAACUCAACGUUUCUGUCAAAGGUACGUUAGACAAGAUGAAUUGACAUCCGACAACUGAAGUUUAUGGUUAAAGGUUUUUUGUAGCUUGAGUAAUUUAGAGGUGCAACCACCAGCUUUACUACUGUUGCCUGGAUUGCAGGACAGGAUCAUGCCAGAAGUCGUAGCUUGGAAUGACGUUACACCCAAGUUGACGGCGUUCCAGUUAACAAGUCGGAAAACCUACAGUUACCCGUUGUUAGCUGCUGUUUACAAUUAUGAGCUGUUGUUAGCCGUUGUCAGUGGUUCUUAGUUGUUGUUCGUGAUACCAGUUGUAAACUGUAUUUUACUCUUACAAACACCAUAGCACCAUGUUGACAGUUAGACGUUGGGCAAUACAACAUAAACCACUUAUUUAAUUUCACAAAAACAAAAUGGAAGUGCUAAUAAAAAAUACAUUAUGAGAGCUUUCACUGUUACUCUUUACUGUUGAUGCACUACGCUGCCAUCUUGAAUUAUGACAUGUGAAGUCGGGGUGUGUGAGGAUCGGUCGACCCUUUGAGUUGGAAAUCCAACUUCAGGUGGCAUUCCAGAUGAAUUUCCGACUCGGAGCUUGGAAAUUCUGACUUCCAAGUACAACUUACUAUCACCUAUAUGAGAUUGCUGGGGCUCAGUAGCUUUUGCCAUUGAAAUUCAUCAUCUUUGUUACGGAGCCUUGACCAAUAAGAAUCAACUUCCAAACACAGCCAGGUAGUAAGUAGUUGCAGGGAACAGCUUAGUGGCCAAUCUAAGCUGUAUAUUCACACAGAAGCCUGUUUAAUGGCUCUGAAUUAUGGUUAGAUAUAAUGUUUCAUUUCUGCAGAGGAGGACUUGCUAAUCAAUAAGCUUUUAUGACUGACAAACUGCCCGCAUAGUUUUCUUUUUCUUUAUACAAAAAUUAUAUAGUGAGGUGUCUGCUACCACAAAAUGAGGCUUGACCAAAAGCGGCCAUCAGCGCUAUCAUACUUGUUUUUUUCACCAGCUCACACAAUCAGCGCUAAUUAGCCCCAGCUGGGUCUCAGUCACCGGCGAUAUGAGCGGCUCAACUAUACACUUGCAAGAAUUUGUGAAUACACUGUAAUUAUGUAAGUUAUAAUUAAAAUUGUAUCUCUUGGUAUUAAUACACUCUUUAAUUUGGACUGUGGAUACCAGAUCAACUUAUAAUGCAGCCCUGACAUAUUGUCCUUACAUGCCCCUUCAUAAAAGGUGACAACCAGAGGGUUAGCUUCUUUGACAUGUUCGACUACAGAUACUUCUUCACCACCAGGAUUCUUCUACUUUUGUUUUAUACACAAAUCCUCUCCCAAAGGAGGAACAUCCCAUCCUCUGUCUGCUGCCCUCCUCCUGACGGCGAGACGUUAUGUUUAUCCAGGCGUGGACAGAUGGUGGAUGAUGAGAAAGCCUCGAAAAUGUGGGUUAUUUAUUCAUUUCAGAACCAGAAAGACUACUUUCGGUGUUGCCACAGCCUUUCUUUCUAAAAUGUUUCCAUGUGAGUGUAUGUGCGCGAUUCUGUGCCGACGUGUAAAUUUGUGAAAGCAGCCUGCGUUGUUGAUGGAAUAAAGCCCACUGUGAGUGUUGACAGUAUUGGCUUGUUAGUGCUGAUGGGCUGGAUGAAGGCUGAGUGCUGUGGGCUCCAAUGGGAAGGCAGACCUGCACUCCUUCUCCUUCUUCUUCUUCAGCCUGUGUUUGAAUUCUGAAAAUCUCUUGAUGAAUUCAAGGUUGUACACUAAAAUGAAAAUAUGACAACGAUAAGCUCUCUUGAGCUCCUUCUUUACAAUCCCUGAGCCUCACUUCCUCUUUCACUGCCUUAAACUUACUCUCUCCCUCUCUCUGAUUCCUCUUUCCAAUAGGCGAUUCCUCUUUUCUACCUCCUCUCAUUGCUUCCCCCUUUUUUUUCGUAUCCCUGUAUGUUUCCACUCCUCCCUUUAACAAAUGCUCUGUUUGAUAGACGACUGGGAGAACACACAGUUGCACGCAUUCAUUCACACACAAGCGAAAGGCUGAAAUAAAGAAGCCCCUUAUCUCCCCUACCAGAGACACUUGGUUCAUGUGCUUGCAUGCAGAUGAAUAAUAUAUGUGGAUACGAGUGCACACACACGCACACACACACACACACACACACACACACACACACACACACACACACACACUCACACACACAGACUCACACACAGAGUCAAGAAAUGGGAUGGUGUUGGUGAUGCUGACAUGGGCCGUUGUAUGGUGUGUGUUUGUGCUCUUUGUAACACAUCUGCAUGUGUGUGUGUGUGAGUGUGUUGGCAGUCACUGUGUUGGGGUGCAGAGUCUCAGGGGCCUGAGGAAGAAUGGGGGUGUUGUCACUAGUCAGGUCCAGCUGCCUUUGUGUGUCUUUACGCUGCGUGUUCGCCUAUUAUACCGCAAGAGCUGCGUGUUCAGUGUUGCAGCUCAGAGCGAACGUGGGUGGUUUUUGUGUUAACGUGGCGUGAAUGAAACAAUUCUUAAUGGUGUUAAGAUGUUUAUGUGAUGGAAUACGUGUGAGAAAGGUUCCAACACAGGGGGACAUUUUAGCACGGAUUAUAAAUAGAUGCGUUCUCUUCAUUUGCAUUGAUAAUUAUGCGAGCACUUGCGCGCGCGUCUUUGGCUCACAGUAAGUUAGAGAACGUCUCCUUUGCCAGCGUGUAGAUCUGUCAGCAUGUGAGCGGUGGGCUCUGAGAAAAUGCUGUCAAAGCACAAACGGAAUAAUUUGCCUCCAGACACAUUCAUGAUACAGUGACGUGUGUGCAUAAAUUUCCCUUGCAGUGGACUGGCUGUGUGGUUUUCACAUAGUGUGUGAUAUCACAUUAACUCACACUUAAGUGUUGGAGGUCUUUUGUUUCCACUACACAUUGAUAUUAGCCCCACUGGGACCUCUUUCAGGAGACGAGGAGAGUAUGCACACUUCACACACACAGACUGUAUUACACACACUUGUACGUGGAGACUUGUAGAGAAAUUUAUAUCCUCCUCUGAUGAAUCAGGGUGUGAUUUGUGCUCAGUGAACGUGGAGCAGGAAGUCUUUGGAUGUGAGAAGUUGAUGUUGAACCCUUUGGGACUAUUCUGGGCCCAUUUUGACUACAGGGGAGGGGCAGGUGUAAUAAUUUUUGAUAACCCUAAACAUAUACUGCAACAAAUUUUAGAGAAUUGACUACAAUAGUUAGGAGGGGUUAUAAACUCACUGUGCGUCCUUGGCUGUGUGUUCUUUUUAUUCAUAAGGCCUGCAUAAUGGACGUACAAUCAAUUUUAUCUCUAAUGUGGAGUCUGAAAACGGCACAAACUGCCUCCUUAAACCCUCCAAGCUUUUGUUUGAUGGUCAUUUUAACGUCCGGCUAUCCAUCUCAAAAAGCCUUUUGGUUAAGUCUGACAGAUUGAUGGAGAAAUUCUGCUGAUGAGAGUAUUGGUGUCUUAUGUUGCUCUCUGAAUCUGAGGAAAUGAAAAGAGUCUGUGACACUGCAGGCAAUUUUUGUGUACCUCCAAACUGUGCAUCAGCAAUGUGUUCUGAUUUCUGGAAGACAAGGUCGGAGUGUAAUGCUCGAGUGAAAUGCUAGGUAAAUUCAGUUUUUUUUGAGAGGUCUAUCAAAGUAGAUUCAUUCCCUACAGAGAUUCAUCAGCAAAAAAACAGUUUAGGUUGACCAAGACAUUUUUACUCUAUGCUGAGUCCUAAAGCCGAAAACAUACAAGAUCUAUAUUAAGCGAGUUCUGUAUUUGCUCUGUAGACCAGCGAAGGGAAUCACAUACAGGAUGCGUAUUUGGAGCGUGGCAGCAGUGUAGUGCAGCCCCGGUCAGCUGGGCUCAGUAUAGAGGAGACAACAUGCUCACAACAGAUUGUUUUUCCUUUCUGUGGUCGAUUUGAUGCUAAUUUGGAUAUAAUUCAGUGACCGUUGAGCCUCUACUAUAUGUGAAAUAGCAACGUGAUUUUACAGUUUUGGUUUUUGCAGGUUAACUUAUGUUCCUUUAUGCUGUGCUGUUACCUUCAGAGAGAGUUAGCAGUUAAAAGUCCUGUUGGGGUCCACAGGGAUCAGGGAUUGACCAUCGGAUUGUUUUGUGUUUCUGAUAAAUCCAUAACCAGGAAGUAUUUCUCAUCGACAGGAACUGAUACACAGUCGGGUGUUCGCAUAUGGUGCUUUAUUUCGAAAUACUGGAUGACAUGCACGUUUUUCAUGCUUCGUGUUUAGAACGAUCUUCUCUGUGUAGAUUGAUGCGUAUUGGAAGCGUAGAUCAGAAAAAAUAGACUCAGCGCAUAUCUUUAACAGUGCCAUGUUCAAUAUGCCUAUGAUACAGAGCUGCGACGGGGCUGAAACGCGUCCUGUAUGCAGUACUUAAUUAAUUAAAAUGACAACCUAUUUGCUGCGUGAUACGCGAUGCUGUCGUUACGCGCUCAAUACGGAUCCUGUAUGUUUUUAGCAGGAGAAAAAAUGUCUAAAUGAGUUAAACUAACAGCGUAGCAACAUCCAGAACCACUAAUGUGACAAAUUGCUCAGUAUAAAUAUGCACACAUUCCAUCUAAUACCCAACAAUGCUACGUGAUAGGAGAUUGUUAUUGCACACCAUCAGCCUCAGGAAACAUUGUUCAACAUUUUAAUUGAGUAAGGCACAAAUGGGUUUUUAAAACAGAUGAGUUUACAUUGGGGUACUCCAUAUUGUCUGCCAGGGGGCUUUGGGUUUGAGCUUCGUGCUGAGAUUGGAGAUUAUGAGAUGGGAUAGACAAUAUUCUCCGCGCUGAGGGCAGUGCGCUCACAUAUUGACUGAGGGGGAAAGGAGAGAUAACUUUCGCUCACACAAAAUACUGAGUUCAUAAAGUGAACAGCAUCCUUUCAGUGUCCUAGAAUGAUGGUAUCAUCGAACCUUGUGCUGAGUCAUUGUCAUAUUGUUGGUUUUAAUUAAGACUCGGUGAAUAAUCCACAUCUUCUUCAUGACACAUAAAGAAACAGGCUGCUUAUUGCUUUACCCUGCUAAAUCUACUCGCUGUUGAUAUGCGAGGAAGAUGGCGGGAGACACAAAUCAAGCUUAACUUCCUUAUUCCGAUGUUUAUUUAGCGAAUCAUUUAGGGACACAUGCAAUUAUCACAAAAAUUACAGUAAGAAGGCUCCGUUUGAGUUGUAGACACAGACAUACUCUCACCUCCCGGUGCUUCUCCUGGGAUCUUAAUGGGAAUCUGACUGGAGGUAAACACGUCAUUGUGUAGAGCCGCCCGGCAAACAGACAGCCUGACAGAGCGUUUAAUGGGAAGAUGAAGGGAUAGGGUUCAAAAGGCAGCAAAGAAAUAGUAGUCGACUUAUUCAAAUAGCGCAAUAUUUACCAGUCUGGACUGUCAGAUUGUGUUUAAAUCGGCCUCUCUGUGUCAUUUAUCUCCAAAUCCUUCUUAUUUAAUUCCGCUCCUUCAUUAUCACGCUGCCCUGAUGGUGCCAAGAGUUUGAUUUAGCAUCCACCGUGGGUUGUUGCGACUGAGGCAAGAGGCUCACUUGAAAACCUAAACAUCAGAGUGGAUUGUGGGACAGGAGCCAGGAGCAGUCUGCUGCUACUGCCCUCCACCACAGCUGUCGUUGCAUGCUGGGAACCCAUAUGUAGGUGUUUGACAUCAUUGAAAAGUUAGACAAUAAUUCCCGACUGCUGUCAUAAAAGCUUUAUAAAUACAUUAAUAUUUGUCAGAGAGUUGUGAAUACCUUAAGUGACCAGUUGAAGUGUGUGACUCAGCUCGCCUUGUUCCCUCUCUUUCUCUCCGGAGGGCCUUUGAAAGCUUUCUCUUCCUCUCUCCCCCUUUUACUCAGCCGCGGUAGCAACCCUCCAGAGUGCAAUAGGAACAAGGCUUUAUCUGGCAUAAUUCGUUUAUUCCUUUCUUUCUGACCCCCCCCCCCCCCCUCCCUGCUAGAUCUUAUCAUGUUUAGAUGUUUGGUUUUUCCACCCCCAGCUGAGUAGGCAGGCUUUAUGAAUGAGCCCCCUCAAGGUCACUUGGUCACUGUGCCUGUCAAGGCUUUGCGAAUGCAGCUCACGCGUACUUCCUUUAUCUCUUGAUACCAAGAAAAAAACCUUUAACUUGUUGACUGGCUCACACCUCCCUUCCUCUUCUCUCCCUCUUUCUCUCUCUCUCUCUCUCUCUCUCUCUCUCUCUCUACUCAAAUCCCCAUGGAGACCGGAGUGAAAGGAAAAAGGAGCAAAAGUGAGCUGAAGAGAUCGUAAGAGAAAGAGCGAUAAAGACAAAAGAGGAAACCUUAAGUCCUCUGAUGUGAGUUGAGUGGACGCUCUGAGUGGCGAGCAAAAUAAUCCCUCUUUACCUUCACAUGACAGUGUCUGUAAUGAUCUUAGGCUGCGCUUAUCAAUAGACAGCCUCACAUCUGCAGGAGGGGGACAGGUGUGUGUGUCUGUGUACACACAGCCCCCUCCUUUGUCUCAGAUCAAGGAUUAGAAAGGCUUAAAGAUGGUACGCCUUGCUGGGUGUGAGCACUUGUGUGUCUUUGGGGGGUUGGAGUUAUCCGAGGUGACGUCAGCACUUAAAGAGACGGCUGUGAUAUCUGAAAGUCUUUUCAGAUGCAGAAGUUGGAGUCACAUUAGACCAGUUUGGGGAGUCAUUGAAAGUAAAAACACAUUGUUUGGGUUGUUUGAGGGGAGAGGAAGGGAAUAGCGGAAAGCAGUCUUGGCAUCAUUGGUGAGAGGAAUUUAAUGGCGUAAGUGUGUGUUUGUGUCUGUGUAUGUGUGUGUGUGUGUGUUUAUGGGUGGUAGACGGGGGGGGGGUUAACAUUUGGAUAUGAGCCAAGAGAGCCGCUUUAAAAUCCAACCUGGCGUGUUUCCUGGAGCAGAGAACGGUCUGACUCUCGCCCCUUGCCUUUUCCUGAGACAUUUUCUUCCUCCGGGCCUGUAGAGGGAACAGGUCAGACACAGCAGAGAAACUAGUUGUAGAAGAAUUAAUAAAACAGCACUCAUGAAACUUUCGAAAAUGAGGAGGAGGAUGAGGCCAGCAAAGGUCAAGAUCGGCUGUUUUUUUUUCUUUUCCUAUGGCUGAAUCUCUGUUUGUGGUCAGCUUUUGUAUGUAUCACACAUUCAGUGUUGGAGGUAGAACUUAAGACUUUAUUAGUCUGGAGCAUCUGAGACUCAGUCUGCUUAACAACCAGAUCCAAACUUCCAGUGUAGAAAACAGUUUUGACCUGUUGUGGAAAGUUUUAUGGAAGGAGACAGAAGAUCUUACCUUUACCCUUUAUAAUUAAUUAAUUUAAAUUGUAAACAGUAGGGGUGUCCCAGUACGAUGUUGAUAUAGGAUAUUGGUCCGAUAUCAGCAAAAAAUCUAAUAUCGGAUUAUAUCGGCCUGCAUCUAAAAUCUCUGAUAUUAGCACUCCGAUACAAGCAGUCCAUUCCAGACUCCGCUCCGGCACCUCUAUCUAGCAGCGCCAGGAUCUAGCAUGCAGAGCCCAUGUAAUUACAACAACAGUGUGUACUAAAGUACUAACAAAGUAGCAAGGAGUGGGAGUGAUAUCGGCCGUGUAGCAGAAUUUUUGUUUGUGCUAAUGUCAGUAUCGGCACAUACUGAAGGCUACAAUGUUGGUAUUGUAUCAGAAGUAAAAAAAAAAAGUUAUAUCGGGACACCCUCAGUAAAAAUAUUUGUUUAUAGUUUAAAUUACUCCUCAUACAUGUAUUUCAAAGGUAGUAAACAUGCAGGACUGUAUGAUUGUGCUGAAUUAAAAUCUGUAGCAGCAGCAUAAAUCCACCCGAUUGUGUAUCACUGUAAAAACAGAUGUAAAGGCAAAAGUGUUGAAGCACUUUACAGACUUAACUUGUUUGUAGCUGAAUAACAAAUGAGACAUCAAGUAAGGUUGGCAUUAAAGGUUGUACAUAAAAAAGGCCGCAGAUACAAUAUGUACCCUGUGCAGUGUUUAUCUCACUGUGUCAAAGCCGACUCUCCCACUGAAAGGGAACAUUCCUCAGACCGAGAUGCAGACAGGACCAGCUGAGCAGCAGACUCCACUAAGUGAACCCCGGCAGGCAGGCAGGCAGGCAGCGCCCGGCCUUGAGCUCUGUUACUUCUGCAGCUGCAGGCGCAUCAGCAAACUUUCUGAGCUGUAAUGGCUCCUCCAGUGUGUGUCUGGAGGCUGAUUUAAAAUGGAUGACAAAGCAAUAACCCCUCUAACCUCUGGACGAGCUGCCCCAGAGCCUGUCAGCUUCCUCCACUCAGGCCGCACAAAAAGCUCCGGGGUGACACUCCCACAUGUGCACACACACACAAUCUGCUUUAAAAGGUGAAAUUCUUACAUAUGCAUCGCCGUUCCUGUUGACAAGCUAACAGGAGAUGUGCUUAAUUCAAGCCUACUCACCACUCUCCUGUGUCUCUCAUUCUUCUCUUCACCUGAAUACGCUUCAUUUCUCAUCAUAGGGGAGACAAAGCAGAGGCUAUUACAGAUAGGGGUUAUGAAAACACGCUUUAUUUGUUUGGUUUAUUAUUGCCCCUGCACAAAUUGCACUUUGGUGGAACUCGCAGGAGGGCAGAAAGAGAGACGGCGGCUCUUGGAAAAGCAAUAGAGGGUGAGGGGGGGAAAGAGGGAGGAGGAACAUUAUGGGGUGAAAAAAGCCUCUGUAGCCAUCUGCUUUUGUGCCAACAGUUGGUUACUGUAGCAACCAGUAAAAAGUCAUUAUCUUUAAUUUACACUGUGGCAGGUUCAGGUGUUUUCAAUUGUAUCAUUAGCUUUUUUUUCCCUCUCUGCAGUGAGUCACCCAUCUUUGGCAGCGCUCCUCCACUUCAUUCUAGGCGUCUUUUUUCCGUCCCGUGUCACCCCGUGCACUUUCCUUGUAGUUACCUCAGUGUGUUACUAAGGUGUGUGUAUGUGUGUGUCAACAGUUGGCUCCUUUUGUAAGGUUAUUCAGCUCCUAGGGCGGCUUAAUGCAACUGUGCUUUUAGAUAGUGAGGAGUAUUGAUGGAUGACACGAGGAGAGAUGGAGCAAAAAAGACAAUUUAAAGAGGAAAAUGACAGGCACAUAAAAAUUGAAUGGCAGCGGAGACCACACUAGAGGAGGAGGAGGAGGAUGGUGAAGAAGAAGUAGAGAGAGUGGUUGUCUAUCCCUUUUAACGGGGGCUUAUUUCUUUCAUGUUAAGGCUUGUCAGGGCGGCAGCAUGAAGUGCAGAUGAGCGCUCGUAAAGUAGUCCUGUCUGUGUAACAUUAGCCCAACCACAAGUGCUAAGCACUUACCAGAAGCUGCUUGUAUUAACCUCCUCCUCCUCUCCACCCCCAAGCCUCACUUUCCCUUUUUUCUUCUUCUUACCUCACUUAGCUGGAAACUCCUCUUGUCCUCUCAUAAUAUUUUUCAUUGCCUCAUUUGUGAUUUCAGACACCGGCCUCCCCCUCAGUAUACAUCCACAUCCAACAAACUUUGGCUCUUUGUCUCUGCGGCUCAUUUCAUUUCUCCUUUAUGGCGUGGGACACCCAAGUGUUGAGGAGGUUACAUUUACAGGCAGAAAAAUACAUUCCUUUUUCUUCAAGCCAUUCAGACUAAAAUACACAGUUUUGUUCCAGUGUCUUUAAACAAAACAAGCCUUCAAAAACAAUUUGUAAUUUCUGAAUCCAUUAAAGUAUAACAAGCUGUUUCUUUUUUGCCGUCAUUGCCCCAGUCGAUCAACUCCAGGGUAAAAAAAAGGUCCAAUUUAAUGAAAAAAUAAUCACACAAACAAAGCCGGUAUUGGGAUGCUGUGUGUGUACACCUGUUGUUGAAUCUGUGUUGUGCCUCAAACUAGUGGAGAGGCUGUCAGAGGCAGUUGGCAGAGCAGUGUCCAGGCGUAGUUUUUAUUACUGCUGGCUGCUUUAUUAGCUGUCAAGGAAGCAGGGAAGGAGUGAGAGGAUUGACUGGAGAUGUGAGCAGAAGUGACACCUAUUGACUAGUUUGUCUUGUUGUGAUACCGGCAUGCUGCGAUGAUGCUAUAACCGGGCUACUGCCUCAACUAGCCCAUUAGCAACUCCACUGAUGAGAACAUGGCCAGAACAGACCCCGUGCUGCGCGGCAUCCACGUCCCUGCAGUGACGUACUGUAGCUGUAGCUGGUGGCGCAAGAUUUUUUUAAAGAGCGCACCUAAAGGCGUUCACUAAAAAUUGGUUUAUAUUAUCUCCCAUUCCCCUCCUGGCCCGUCCUUGUUCCUUCAUUUUCAGACUUAAUUGGUCUCAGGAUUCAGCGGCGAACAUCUUUCGAGGCUAGAAAAGGUUGUUUUUGAAGAAAAGAGCAGGCCACUUAGAGGGCAUGUUCCUGUGUGAGAAGCAAAUGUGCUGUAUCUAUGUUGCAGCAUAUGGUGGAGGUGUUGGCUGGUUGCUUAUAGUGUGUGUGUGUGAUGACCAUCUGUCACCUGGUAACAGUUAGUCUGAUCUCUGGUUGAUGUAAGAUUCCCCUGUAGGGAUCAUAACACCUCAUUAUAUGCAAAGCCUGCAGGCUCCUAGUCCAGAUGGGAAAGCUUAAGCAGCAUUAUCGGAAAAAUCCGAGCACUGAUCAGAAGGUGAAUUAUUGUGUUGCUUCAAAUUUAGAAUAAUAAAUAUUUUAAUGUAGCUUACUGCGGCUCUUACUUCCGAAAUCCCGUGUAGGGGUGUGAUAAAUCUGCGUGGAUAAGUCUCAACAGGUGCUAUUUGACGUUAUUUAUGCUGAGUCGUGGAAUCAUUCCCCAAUAUAUCGGCUAAAACAGUAAAAGCUGUCUUUCUGCAACCGAGUAAUUUAUCACCAUCAAGACUUCCCUGUGAGUUUAGUCUGUCUGCCACAGUCUCUAAAGCAGCAGAGAGGAAGUGAUGAAAAUUUAAACUCUGGCGGUUUCUCUCUCCAAGUAUGUUCACAGCUUUCCCAACUAGGCCGCCAUCUGGGAAACACUCCCAGCAAAUCUAUUACACACCCACUCCAGCUCUAAGGAUGAGGGCCGCGCUGAAAAUAGGUUAAUAAUGACAAUUAAAUAGAAGGUAGUGUCAGCUGUCGAUCCAUCGCUCGCAAAUCACAGUGUUUUAUGCAGACAGCUUUUCCAGCCUGGAGGUAGAUUGUGGCUUUGAAUAAGUGAGUCAUAGAGUCGAGUUAUUGUAAAUCCAAAAUCCUGUUAUUUGUCUCGCAAGAACUGCAGCGAUUUUCAACUCGAAGCCCUUAUGCAGAGGUCAAAAGGCUGUUUUGUUUACAAGAGUUUUUCAUCGAGUAGAGAAGUUCUGUUCAGAUGUUCAAGUGAAUUUCUCCUUCAGCGGGACAAGACCGCAACUCUCACUCUGCUUUAUGGGCUUUUUUUAUUGAGGAAAUCGGUUAUGCACAGUAAAAAUUUAUUUGUAAACAGAGAGGAUGUGCUGGAAGCAAUUUUCAUUUACUCUAAUGCAGAAAGCUGGGACCAGUACAUUUAUGGAAGACAUGCAAAGAUAUUUUUAUUUUGUUGGGAAGCUGUUAAAGGUAUGAAAACAUUCCUUAAUCGAUAGGGGUGUCCCGAUACAAUAUUGAGAUUGGAUAUCGGUCCGAUAUCAGCUAAAAAAUGAAUAUCUGAUUACAAUUAUAAUUUAUUUUAUAUUUAUUUAUUUUUUAUAAUUUAUCGGUCUGCAUCUAAAAUUUCAGAUAUCAGAACUCUAAUACAAGCGGUCCAUUCCAGACUCUGCUCUGGCACCUCUAUCUAGCAGCACCCAGAUCCAGCAUGCAGAGCCAAAGUAAUCACAACAACAGUGUGUACUAAGGGACAAACAAAGUAGUAAUGAGUAGGAGCGAUGUCGGCCUUGUGGCAGUAUUUUUGUGUGAGUCUGAAAAAGACAUUGAAACUGAGUGCUAAACUUGUCAUGCACAAUUUUGUGCCAAUAUCGCAUCAAUAUCGGUAUCGGGAUAUAUUGAAGGCUACAAUAUCAAUAUCGGUCAAUAUUGAAGGGUACAAUAUCGGUAUCGGUCAAUAUUAAAGGGUACAAUAUCGGUAUCAUAUCGGAGGUAAAAAAGUUGUAUCGGGACACCCCUAUUUAAUGAUAUCAACCACCUGACACAUCAUUAAUGACGGUCACAUCAGAAACUUAAUAUCCGGGUUUUAUAACUCCUUCAAAUUCCUCUUUUCUAAAAAUCUGCUGAAUUUUUUCCCCUAUAUAAACAAAAAACUGGCAUUUGUGUGUGAUUUGUUUGUCAAAUAUGCAUUUAAUAUGCCUGUGUUGUCUUUGUAGUUGUCUAUAUUGGUCUGUGUUGCCAGUGUUUGUUUGUUCUGCAGCGCUGAGUUUGGCAUGGAGGACAGGACAGCUGUAUUGGAUGUCUGAAUGUGUGUAUACAGUUGUGCUGAUCCCUGCAAGCCUUCUAGCAGGGGAGCAGGGAUCAGUUGUAUGCUAAUAUCACCGGCAGACAGUCUGCUAGUCUGACAGGGGCUGGGCCGUGAGGUGAGGCACUACCGCAGGAGAGGGCAGAACUGAGAGGGAGAGCAGAUAAUAUAGGGACAGGAAAUAUAGUGAGAGUUAGACGAGGGCAGGAGGGAUUGGAAGAAAUGAGGAGUAAGGCUGUUCAUGCCUGGCAGAGGGAAUUAAGAGAGAGAGAGAGAGAGUAGAGGCCAACAGAUGAGCUUUUGUGCCCAAGGAAAACAUAGGCUUGUCUGUCUUUCUGAGCGUGCAUGUAAAGCCUGAGCUGCUGUUGUUAUUGUUUAUGUUGUGUAGCUUGUUGCGUAGAGCGCCACGGCGUAUUAAAAGUACAGCUCUGGGUCUUUGUUCCACAGAAUCCCAGUCAGCGAAGUUGCAUUUUGCGGCAUCUGGGGCUGCUGCAAGUUAUUACUCUCCAUUGAAUAUUCUAUUAUUCUUUAAUUGCUUGCUCUUGUAAAGCCAAAGAUAUUCAAUAUGCAAUUAUAUAAACCAGAGGAAAAGCAGAGCUUCACGUUUGAGAGGCAGAAAUGUUCAGCACUUGUAGUUUUGCUUCAUAAAUGAAUUGAGCAGUUAAUUUACGGUGUUGAAUUUUCUCUAUCGAUCGACAAAACAAUAAAUCGACUGAUGGUUCCGCUCUGUCACCUCCAUUUACGAACUCAUCUUUAUCGCACUCUGAAAGUCAAGAAACGAGGAAUAAAUUAAAGGGACUCAAAUGGUCAAUAAUUGAACGGCAAACAGCGAGUCGUGUCCGCAGAAACACUGUGGCCUCUCCCUUUCACUGGCCCGCUGUCAGCUCAGAGAGAAAUGACCUUAUCAUUGAAGAAGCCACCACGCUGCGAGCACUUGUGCAUGCAUGUGUGUUCCUAAGAGCGGAUUUAUAUGGUGCUAGUUCAGAUUUAUAGCUGUCAUUGUCCAUGUUUCCAGCACAUUAUUUUUAGCCGUGCUAUCAGUGAGGCCUUCUGGUGCAGUUGAAGAGGUUAAACCGCAGUGACACACUCCUUCCCUGCCCUUCUCGCUCUCUCCUUUCCCUCUCUAAAUGGGCUGUCCACUCAUUUGAGAUCUGUUCUUUAUCAAACUUAAACCUUGCUCUUUCCUCUGUCUCGGCUCCGUUAUAGUCUUGAAUUUCAGAUCAGGGCUGCGAACACGGUCUUCUCUGCCCUCUUCCUUCCUGCUCUCACAAUUGUUUCUUGACCGAUCUCGCACGGCCUUUCUUUGUACCUCUUUUCCUUUCUUCUGCCCCUAUCCUGCAUCCUUCCUCCCUCUGUCUGCCUGUCCACCUCUCUCCUCAGGGGGUCUAACACUUACUCGCUUUCUAUCUGCAGUGCCAGGCGGAGGGAGGAAGUGGAAGUGAACUUAUAGCCGGGAGCCAUAUGGAUCAUGGCAGUAGCACUUUAAGUUUCUAAAAGCACUGAAAACAGAGGAUGUAUAACAGAUGGGGGGGUGGACUAAAUCACAUAUAUACUGUGUAAAAUCCUAAUGCCCAUAUGUGUGUGUUUUAUGUUCGUAUAUCUUAGUGCUCAUUCAGCACUAUGUGGAUUUGUUUGCCCCAUCUCUGGCCUGUCUUCAUGCUUAUAUCGCCCCUAAUGCACAGACAGUCCUCGCUUGUGAUCCCGCAGAUGGAAAGAUGCAAAUAGGCAAAGCUAAUCCGUAGAGUCCACAAUCCCAGCCACAACUGACCUGCCUCUCCUGGAUCAAGACCUGGAUAUGUAAUGACUGUAGAUAUGCAGUUUCUAUACCGUAGCUGCUGGGUCGAUUGAUUCUGGUUAUGAUGAGCUUUCCCUGGAAUAAUUUAUGACUGCUGGAUUUGCUCGCGCGGUUGCGUUGGUAUACCUUUGUGCACGUGGCUUCAUGUGAAAUGCAUUAGCAGUGGUGCUGUUGGAGUGUUUAUGUUUUCUGCUCACACACACACUGGAUGGAAAGUGAGCGAGGAAAUUUGUAUUUCCUGUUUGCUUUAGUUGAAAGAUGGAUGUGUCGCAUUUAUAGAGGAGACAAAUGACUUCUGUUUGAGUGGAUGCUUUAAAUACCCGGCGCAGUGCACUCAUGGAAAGUGCUGCAUGUGCGGUGUGUACACUUCCUUUUCGAAUGAGCAUUGAACAGUCAUCGUAUUUGCGAUAAUUUUUGACCUUUCUUCACCUUUUUGGGUUUUAAACAUUCGUCUCUGUGUUAAUAUCCUUACUAGGGAGUAGAACCAUUUACAGGACAACACCCACCCACAUCCCCAUCUCCUGCCCACAAACCCCCAGAUCCACACUAAUGGACAACAAGCCUCCAGAGAGAAGGAGGGAGGAGGGGUGUUGGAGUGAGGGAAGAGUUUGAAUGAAAAAAAAACUUGACAGAUGGGGAAGAGAAAUCUAUAUGCUGAGGAUAAUGUUGUGGGUGAGAGCACAGGAAGCGGAGAAAUAAUAAGGAUGAGGGGAACGGAAGUGCGACUGGUUGCAGACUUACAUCAUGCAGAAGGAGUGAGAAAGAGAGGGAAAACAAUUUCUUUUUUGGACUGAAGCGAAGGGAGGGACAGAGAGGGGGUGAGAGAGUUUUUCCCUGCUGCCUCUGUGUCAUCAUCAUCACCAUCACAGUGCUCCAUGACUAUUUCAUGACCUUUGUUUCUGUCAGCUCCCAGCUUUACUGAGAGUGUAAUACUGUACAACAAGAGGGCCUGCUGGGAAACCAGGCAAGUGAGCCAACUUGGUUAUCCUCAUAAAGCAGUUUGAGAAAACAGUCGAGAGUUUUGAUUUAAGGAAUCCCUGGAAAAAGAUGCUGGAUUCUACUUAUAUUUUUGAAUAAAGGGUCAAAAAUGACUUAGUCCAUCAAACUUUGCGCUUUGCAUUUACUAUGGUUGCCAUGGCAGCGCAUGUUGUUUUUUCUUCCAUGUUUGUGAUUAGGUAUUGUUUUUAACCCACUUGACCACCCACACAGUGCAUACUUGGCUGUCCUUAGGGUUCCCCCCACACAACAUCUGAUCAUAAAUAUUAAACAGAGCAAUAAUAUGAUAGUAGUAAUGAUUUCAAACCAGUGCAAUCACAAUCUUCUUCCUUGUAGAUUUGGGAAGGUAAAAUCUUUCUCAACAUACUUUAUCACACAGGAAAAUCUAGAGAGAUUUUGGGAACAUAAAAAAACGGGUUGUCGCUGACUUAAAGUGAGAAAAGGUGCCCAAAAGUUGACCUAAUUAUGUUGCAGUGUGUACCAAAAACGAUUGAAAACUGACGUUGAUUUGAAAAGCUGCGUUUAUGUGACAUCUAGAUUAGGGCUGGACAAUUAUGGCAAAAAAUAAUCACAAUUAUUUUGACUGAUGUUGAGAUCCUUGUUAAUAAACACAAUUGUUCGUUGAUUUUAAAACGUGAGUAUUUAUUGAACCACCAAAACUUAACCUUCAAUAUAACUUAAAAGAACUGACACAAAUAAAUUAGCUGAAGCCAAAUUUGAAAUCAUGAUUAAAAUUCGAUUAAUCGUCCAGCAAUAAUCUAGAGGGGCUGCAGGCUGAGCUGCUACUUAGCUUUUUUUUUUGUUUUGUAUGCUAAACUUGUUUUGGAUAAGAUAUUUUUAGAAAAAUUGAAACAGGCCAUUCAGUAAUGAUUGUAAUCUUUGAUAUCCAUACAGUUAAAAAAUACAAGAUAAGUAUUUCUUAUUCUGUUGUUACUAGAGGUGUACUUGUACUGACCGAUACUUAAGCUUGGAUGUUGUUAUCUGUAAUGGACAGAGAGAUAUUAUAUCUGCCUCUCUGGUGAAUGAAAGCAGACCUGAUCAUUACUAGAAGCUCUUGAGCAACACUCCUCUGCUCACUCUUCUUCUCUUCUCUGUUAUGAACGGAAUGCAGCCGUCCCGUGAAGGCUACAUGCUCCGCUCUCAUGAGCAGUGAACUCAGCCUCUUCCCUGCUGCCCUUUGUAGCACGUGUUAUGAUGAACUUCACGCCCUGCCGCCCCAGCAUUAGCUUCAGGCUGCACUCCAAUACCCUACAGAUGCAUCCUAUCUUCCCUCGCCAUGUCCCGUCCUUGAUACAGUCAGUGACCUAGAAAGGGCUGGUUGGGUCACGGCGAGAUUGCUGUCUUGUGUUUGUUUUGACUGUUAAUGCAUGUGAAAGAAAAGGAAGGAGAAAAGGAAAGAGAGGUUGUGGAGAUGUGGUAUUUGAGUCUGUCCGGCUAGUAUAAUGCUGUUUGUGAUUAGCAGUGUGAUGGGUCAGACCCUGACCUAGAGCUCAUACAGGCCCCACCACGCCCUGCGCCUCUGCCCUGAGGGGAUUCCAAUGUGCAGCUCACAUGACCCAGGCCACUGACCCUACUCCCUUUCCCUCCUCUUCACCCCCAUCCUCACUGCGUGCACUAACUUCCCAGCCUCCCCCUUCCUCUAAUGCCGUCCUCUCCUUCCUACAUCUCUUCCACCUCCUCCUGCUCCCUUUCCCUCUCAUUUUCCGCUCACCCCCAUGUUUCAGGGUCAGAGGCAGAUGCAGCACAGGCCCUAACCUAUCUCUGCCUCAGCCCUAAACAGGCCUCCAGACAGUGGUAUGUAGCUGGACAUGCGCACCAGGCAUAAAGCCUCAGGGUGAGCUGGGAGACUGGCUGCCUGACUGAUCUGCAACUGGACUUUGAUAACAUGAGUUAAGCGCAGGCAGCUUUUGUAGGUAUAGAUCUGCAGGAACAGAAAGUAUAUUCUCUAAAAGACUGUCUGCUCUGUGUGAGGAGCAUCACUUCGACUGCCAGAGGACAGGCUGCUCAAAUGAGCUGAAUUGUGCAGUUGUAGUGUCAUAUAAAUUCUUUGUUUCUGUCAGUAUGGCUUGGGCACGGCGCUCAGUCUCAUGCAACAUUACGCGCUGCCACUAUGUUCUAACCGACUGCAUCCUCACAUCAGUUAAGAGCGAAGUCUGAGCUGUCUGCUCAAGUCUCGCUUUGACGUUUCACUUGGACAGCUCUGGAAAAAAAGAAGAAGAGAAAAACGCAUUAAGUCGCCUUUUGUUUGUCACUUCUUCUUGAGGCAGAAAGCAUCAGCAGUUUAUUUCUUGAGCACACCUGACCUGACCUCUACUCUUAAGUAUGUUUAUGCGCAUUUAGAUUAACACACAGUUGCACAUAUUAUAAGAGGAUUCUGAGAAAGGUGGGCUUGGUGAGGCAGAUGUUAGUUAAGCAUCUGUGGGAGUAUUAAGUCUGGCUUUCAAAGAGCUUGACAUUACUGUAUCCAGACCCUUUCACAUCUGAUCACAAACAUGACCCACUUCACACAUAACAUGAUGACAACUGGUUUAUAGUAUGUGUGGAUAUCUAUUAGUGAGGUCACACUGGGCAUUAUGUUUUUUUGCUCGUCUCUUUUCAAAGCAGAGGUCUGGUUCAGAACAAGUUUCCUCACUGUUCUUACACAAAGUUUUAAAAUUGAAUAUUACCUUGAAUUUAUAAACCUUUUUUUGACAAUUAUCAGGUAAUAGGUUAUUUUCUGCUUCCAUUACCGUUUGUGCUGCCUGCUUUGCUACAAGACUGAUAAAUUUGAGUGAUUAAGGCUGCGAGAAAAGUUGUUUGUGUAAUCGCAGUAUCUAUUUUGCAAGUUUGUUCUUCCACAUAGGGAUUCUUACCACAGACAAUCAAAACUGGAUCUGGUUUUUGCCUCGAAAAGCUUUCUGGAAAUGCUUUCUUGACAUAUUUUUCAUAAAGAAAGCUGACACAGAGCCAGUAUAUCUCUCACCAUAUAAUCUUUCUUUGAAUAUCUGGCAAAUACAGCUGACAAAUAUAAAUUAAUUGAGAUGCAUAACUCAUAGAAUGUUCAGAUCUAUUGGCAUAUACACCACAGUGCAAAUCAAGCUACUUCAUCAUGCAACUAAUGUACCUCUAAUGUAAAGUGCCAGUGAAAAUGCAUGCAAGAUCAGGGUUAACUGCACUAAGCUGUAUUAACCAAGGAUGGCCUUAUGGCGGAAACACAACAUUGGUAACAAUCUGUGUCAGCUCAUCUAGCAGCUACCUCAACAAGCAUGCCAGAACAAUGCAGUAGGGAUGGGCUGAUCGACAGAAUUUGACCGCUGGUGCAGAAAUCACCACCUUCCCUGCAGCAAAGCUUAAAAACUUAAUGAGUACUUGGUGGACUUUUGAGUGUGUGAACCUGGUCAGUUAUGGGAACAGGAGAAGUAUAUAGUAUAUGUAAUAUGAUGACUGUAACAAUCUGUUGGACCACAUCUAGUGACAGUAGAUCCUAUUUUCUGUGGCUGAUAGCAGUUGAGGCUGUCGUCGGACCACAUGUGAAUUUUUAACCUGCAGACUCUGGCUCUAUAGGAACUACUUCUAUCCCUGUUUCUUCACCCACUGAAGACAGCCUGUAUUCCCAGACUUACAAGUUAUGUGUGAAAAAAUACAUAAACUUUUUUGACUCUAUAGACUUGAAUAGAGGACAGAAACCUAACAAGAGAGGACCUUAAGUUAAAUGUAACAUUUCUCCAAAGUUAAAUACUUUUAGUGGCUGUCGAGCACACAGAGCCACACCUGACGAUUACACAGACUAGAUCUGUGUCUGUGUACCUUGAUGCAUUUUUCAUGCAUGUUUUUUUCAACAAAUAUCAAAACACAAGGUAUUCUCUUUGAUAUUUAUUCUCUUUUCUGUUGGCACCAGGGAGAAGCUGCCUCUGUAAUGUUAAUUCAGUGUCUGAUAGGUAUUUACUUCAGUAAAACUCUGGGUUUUAAGGCUUUGCCACAACUGCCUGCCUUUAACUCGGAUAAGUGUCUCUCAGCUUCCACUUAUUCCUCAGAAACGUACUGUAUAUUUUGUACUCAUUAUAUGGCAGGUGUAAGGUUGCCUUUUAUAUAUACAGUGUGUUCCUCUGAAGAAAGUUUCUUUUCCCUCCGACUAUUUCCUUUUCAUUGUCUAUCCCUGUGGUGUAGCGCUGCUGGACUUUGAAGUUCAUCUUUGUGCAUCCACAGUUAGCUGUUGUCUGACAAAUUCAAUUCAGCAGCAGUGAAGGCUUUGUCUGCUUUGUGCUCCCUGUCAAAAGAGCUAUUCAUGAUUAAUAGUGGUUUUAAUGUCUGUUUUACUACAUUAACGCUGCAGUUGUGACAUGAAGGGGGUGGUCCUAUACUUCAAGUCUGUGCUGACUGUCUCUAAAGAUUUCAUUUCAUCACAAAUUGUGCUGACAAAGAGGGCCUUUCCAUAAAGAGCGCCCCGAUCCCUCAUUCUCACUCGCGUUAUUUUUAGAUCUGAUCUGCUGCUGGAAUAGAUUUUUCUCUGAUUGGCCAAUGACUCUGUUGUCGGUUAUAUGUGCGGUUUCUUGGCAACACAACAGCAAUUUAAGGUAUCUGCCAUAGGUAAAUACGCCAAGACGACAUUAGUGAUGGUGCAUCAGCCAAGUGAUGUUUGUAGAGUGCUGUUUGGUAAGAAACAUAGGAAAACAUGUUUUUGAUGGAAGCGAUGGAAGCCAACAGGCAGUGCAGCCUUUUAAAAUGCAGAUGGCUUUCCCUAGUUGGCCAAUUAGUAACUUUAGCUCUGCAACACUUAUCUGCUUUCAUCUUCUUGUGUGUGUCUUUCAUUUGGGGUGAAGGGAGCUUAGCGGGCUUGUUUUCACAAGUGUGUAGCUGGGAGUAUGUGCUUGUGUUUGCGUGCACAUUCAUUUGUCGGUUUUUCUGCGACAGUCAAAACCCCACGUAACUUCGCUCCAGUGCUGUUGGCAGUGAGACAUCAAACCACACUGUUAGAUAUCUGAUAAUAAGGCCAAACACACAUGGAGUCAAAGAACACUGGGAUUUAAUGUGGAAGGCGCCGCUGUUAGCCUGGCAGGAUAAAAACUGAAUGAGUUAAAUGGGGUAAAUAUGUUGUGUUACUGAAAUGCAGCCUUUCAGCAGCUUUGCCACUGACCUCGAUCUUUUUGGGAUACAUUUAAUGAAGAAACAAAGAGCCAAAGAUCAAACAUUAUAAACAGUCCACAGCAGGAAUUACAAUGACAGAUGCAAGAGUUGAGUUUUUUUGUCAGUGUUCAUUCAGAUUAUUAAUAACUCUUUCUCUCUCCUCUGUCUUGCAGGUCCAGACCCCAGCCCUGUGAAGCCCCUCUUGCAUGGAAACCCUCCUUCCUUGGCAACCCUCUCCUCUCCCUAGAGCCAGCGGCCAGCAUGGCAGGAUGAGCCUCUGCCAGCGAUGAUGAUGGCCAAAAAGCAAGAUGUCCGGGCACCCACCUACAACCUGGUCGUGGUUGGGCUGUCCGGCACGGAGAAAGAGAAAGGCCAAUGCGGUGUUGGCAAGUCCUGCCUGUGUAACCGUUUUGUCCGGCCCAGUGCGGAUGACUUCUACCUAGACCACACUUCUGUCCUCAGCACUAGUGACUUUGGGGGUCGUGUGGUGAACAAUGAUCACUUCCUGUUCUGGGGGGAGGCGGGGCGGGCGAUGGAAGAGGGUCCAGAAUGCCGGAUGAACGUGGUGGAGCAGACGGAGUUCAUAGACGAUCAGACGUUCCAGCCCCACCGAAGCACGGCACUCCAACCUUACAUCAAGAGGGCGGCAUCCACCAAGCUGGCCUCAGCUGAGAAGCUGAUGUACUUUUGCACAGAUCAGCUGGGGCUUGAGCAGGACUUUGAGCAGAAGCAGAUGCCCGAAGGCAAGCUUAUGGUGGAUGGCUUUCUACUCUGUGUGGAUGUUAGCAGGGGUAUGAACAGAAGCUUUGAGGACCAGAUGAAGUUUGUUACCAACCUGUACAACCAGCUAGCCAAAACAAAGAAACCUGUGGUGCUGGUUCUCACCAAGUGUGAUGAAGGAGUUGAGCGCUAUAUUAAAGACUCUCACACCUUUGCCCUAGCCAAGAAGAACCUACAGGUGGUAGAAACAUCAGCAAGGUCUAAUGUCAAUGUUGACCUAGCUUUUCUUACACUGGUUCAGCUUAUAGACAAGAGCAGGGGAAAACCCAAAAUUAUCCCUUACUUUGAGGCACUGAAACAGCAGAGUCAACAGAUCGCCUCAGCCAAAGACCGCUAUGAGUGGCUGGUCAACCGAAUUGUCAAGAACCACAAUGAGACAUGGCCUAAUGUCAGUCGCCGCAUGCAGUCUGCUCCUGAGUACAAGGAAUAUGUUUUCCUUGAGGGGACAGCUAAAGCCAAGAAGCUCUUCCAGCAGCACGUGCAUAGACUGAAACAAGAGCAUAUAGAGAAGCGAAGGAAAGCCUACCUAAGUACACUACCACAAGCUUUGUCCGUGCUGCUGCCAGAGUUAGAUGAGAUAGAUCACCUGAGCUGGUCUGGAGUUCAGAAAGUCCUGGAGACAAAGAGAGAUUUCUCACAGUGGUUUGUAGUGCUAGAUGACACCCCUUGGGAGACGACACCACACAUUGACAACAUGGAGGAUGAUCGAAUCCCACAAGACCUCCUAGAGACGCCUGCAGCCGAAACCAUCUAUGAGACCCACCUGGAGCAGCUGAGAAAUGAGCGCAAACGGGCUGAGAUGAGAUGGGAGUUCAAGGAGAAGCUCAGUGUUUCUCCUUUCAUCACACCGGGAAAACCGUGGGAGGAGGCCAGGAGCUUCAUCAUGAAUGAAGAUUUCUACCAGUGGCUGGAUGAGGCUGAAUAUCUGGAUAUCUACAACAAACACCAGAAGGAAAUCAUUGACCGAGCCAAAGAGGACUUUCAGGAACUACUCCUUGAAUACUCUGAGCUCUUCUAUGAGCUGGAAGUGGAUGCCAAGCCCAGUAAAGAGAAAAUGGGAGCCAUCCAGGAGGUGUUGGGUGAGGAGCAAAGAUUUAAAGCCCUGCAGAAGCUACAGGCAGAAAGGGAUGCUCUGGUGUUGAAACAUAUCCACUUUGUUUACCACCCAACGAAGGACACGUGUCCCAACAGCCCACACUGUGUGGACAGUAAGAUAGAGCAGAUACUGGCCUCUAGGUUCCCUACUCGCUAUGCAUCAUCGGAAAGUUCUAGACUUGAGGGUGGAAGAGCAGAACGAAUAAACCUUGUCAUCUUAGGGAAAGAUGGACUAGCCAGAGAGAUGGCGAAUGAGAUAAGGGCCUUGUGCACCAGUGAUGACAGGUACGUGUUAGAUGGCAAGUUGUAUGAGUUAGCCCUUCGUCCCAUCGAGGGUAAUGUACGUCUACCAGUCAAUUCAUUCCACACACCAACCUUCACACCACAUGGUUGCCUGUGUCUGUACAACUCAAAGGAAUCCCUCUCCUAUGUAGUCGAGAGCUUAGAGAAACUUAGGGAGUCAACUAUAAGCAGGAGAGAAAGGGAAAACAGCUUAGCCCAACUGCCGCUAUCCCUCCUUCUGGUCACUAAGAGGGGGGUGGGCUCCAUAGGGGAUAUUGGGGGGGAGACAGCUCAGACUCUCAUCCAACAAGGGCAGCAGGUGGCCGGAAAGCUGCAGUGUGCUUACCUAGAUCCUGCCUCUCCAGGCGUGGGCUAUGGGCGCAACGUUAAUGAGAGGCAGAUCAACCAGAUGCUGAAGGGCCUAUUAGAAUCACGGAGAAGCAUAGGCAGCAGCUCCCCUCCUUUACCCCCUUCGUCAUCUGCCUUCAGAGACUCUCAGUCUCAGCCGAUGCUAGAGGCAGACCUGAGGAUAGUCAUGUGCCUCAUGUGUGGAGACACAUAUGACUUAGACCAGCUCCUUGCUCCCUUCCUGUUGCCCCAGCACUGUCGUCCUGCAGCCAGCCUCAGCAGCGGCACCUCUGUUCUGCUCGAUGUCAACAUAGGAGGUCAGAGGCAGAAUAUUGAGCUGUCACUGCUGUCCUUCCAUUCCUCAUUUUCUCUCCGCAAGACUAGGCUGGUCCAUGGCUAUAUCGCAGUUCACUCUGCUCGCCGUAAGGCCUCCAUGGAGACAUUAUGUGCUUUCCUUUGUGAGGUCCAAGACAUCAUCCCGGUCCAGUUGCUAGCGGUAGGGGAGAGUCAGAUGGAGCUGUCAGACUCAGAGUCAGCAAAGGAGCAGAUCAGUCAGGGAGAAGAGCUGGCCCAUGAAAUAGAAGCAAGGUUCAACACAGUAAUAUGUGGACAUGGUGGAGUGGUAGGGGGGCUUCAUAAGAUAGACCUUUUCCAACCUUUCCUUAAAGAGGUGGUAGAGAAGCGCACUAUUGUAGAGGCCACACACAUGUAUGAUAAUGUUGCUGAGGCUUGUACCAAUGAGAGUAUCAGCCCUCGCUGUGGCUCUCCAAGUCCGGUCAACAUUCUCAUGGACUCUGAAGACGAUAUCGAUCCAUCGUCACCUUACCCAACUCUCAGGGAGGAUGGCAGCCUGAGCUCCCAUCUGGUCAGCUUCAAGCUUCCAGAUCUGGAUUCAAGUGAUACCUUCUCUGUUAUUUCUGAGCUUAGCACCUUUGAGAGUAAGCUUAACAACAAAGUUCCCCCUCAAGUGAAGCCCAAGCCUGUACGCAAGGUCAACCUCGGCCCCUACAUGGACCAGCAGGGUGGUACCAACCGCCGCUCUCAAGCUGUCACCUGGGCUCCAGGUAGCGAUGGCGGCUAUGACCCCUCAGACUACGCUGAGCCUAUGGAUGCUGUCAGCAAACCUCGACCCACAGAAGAGGAGAAUAUUUACUCUGUGCCUCAUGACAGCACGCAGGGCAAGAUUAUCACCAUUCGCAACGCCAACAAAGGUCAUUCUAACGGGAGUGCAGGGGGGAACGGGUCAGACAGCGAGGCUGAUAGCAGCUCACUCGAGCGCAGGAGGAAGUUGUCUGCCAUUGGGGUAAAGCCGAAGCUUUACAGAGACAGAUCUAAACGGCUGGGGAAGUUCAGCAGUUUUAGGACGAGCUUCUCUAUAGGCAGUGAUGAUGAGAUGGGUGGUCCUCCAAAGGCCAGCCAGGAUGAUGGAGGAGCCCAAAAGGACAACUCGAUCGAAGAGAGUGAGGACCCAAAAAGGAGGAAUAUUCUGAAGAGCCUACGGAGAAACACGAAGGUUAGUGUAAAGGUUUUCUUACUCAACUUAUAAAAGUAUUAGAACUGAAAAUGCAAACAAAUAUAGUUGAAAUAAAUAUUUCAGAACGCAUCAGACAGCAAGUUUUAUCCCCAAAUGUAUUUUUACCACAAACAGACAGAUACACAAGUAUAGAAUUUCAAAGGAGGUAUUUGACUGUGACUGUGACCACUUUAUGACAGCUUUUCUUCCUCAUUAGCUCCCAAUCAUGCAUUUAAAGACAAGAGUAGUAUAAAUUUUCUCUAUAAAUCCAGUGGCAUGCUGGGAAGACUCCUCAGUUUAAGCCAACAAAUGACCGGAGGAGAGGGAUGAUACGACGCUAAAGAGUUUGUACUAAUACAGUCUUCCUGAGCCUCACCCUCUCCUGCCAGUUCCAGGUAUAGUGUGGUUGAGCUCAGGAUAGUCAAAACAGAUGGUGGUAGAAAGAGCUUCACAGUUGCCCAGGGACUGCACAUUGUAGACUUAAUUGAAAGCAAUGAAAGUCUACACUUAGGAAGACAGCUUAAAACCUUCCUCCCCUGUGGGACACCCAGACUGCAUCUUAUAUACCGGUGCAACAUAUAGCCUCAAUUUUACAGUACAUCACAGAGGGAUUUUAAAUCUUGUGUUUUCCUGACCAAAAUGACCCCUUAAGUGAAAAUAGAGGAGCCUAACGAGUAUUUAUGCUGGAAAGUGUCACUUGUCUAAAGUGUUGAAGUGGGAUUUUCAUGCAUAUUGCUUGCUGUGCAGUAUAUCAGAGCGCUUAACUACUUUAUCAGCAGUUUGUAUGCACAUUUAUUUGUUUGGAUAAAAUAUCCAUUAUCUGCAGUUUAAUUACUGCAUGGCUGAGAGUCAGUGCCUACUUCCCUUGUUUAUCACUAUAAGUCAUGGAAUUAUUAAUGACUUCAGUAUAAUCUCUAUUUUCUGUAGCUUUGCUCUAUACUGUAUAUAUAUAUAUACUGUAUAAAGUGACAUAAUGGUAGAAAUUCCUCUGAAAGCUUGCCUCCAGUGUUUUGCUCUGACUGCUCCUAAAGAAGUCCGUAAACAAGCCGAAUGAUCAGAGGAAAAACAGGCCAACUCCAGCCAGUAAACUUCUACACCAGAGGGCAGAAUCUCUUAAUGAGUAUGGACAGAGCCACAGUUUACACUGCGCUGCUUUAUCUGUUAUGUCUGUAUUCACAGUACUGUGAACUGGAAUUGUGGUAUGUGACGGUUGAUAUCAUACAACACGUUUUUGCAAACAUCAUCAUCCAUCAUAAAUUUUCACUUUAACUGGAACUUUUUGUCUGGAUCAAUAAUAAAUAAAUUUUACCAGCUGGUUAUGCAAUCCUGCAGUUUAUGGCACAUAAGUGAUAUGAUGAUUGACAUAGUUAUUGCCCAGAUGAGACAGUGUUAUUUACUAUUCAGUGUUGCUGUAAUGCAGUCGAGUUUGUGCCAGAGCUCGCCGACGUGUCCCCAAGACUCCAAUCUUUCCCUGUCAGUUUGGCUUUCUUCGCUUCCUUCCUCUCAUUCUCUUUUAUACUCUGUGUUUGUCUUCUCUUCUUGCUGAUUCAUACUUUCUGCCGCUCACAUUCCUGUCACACUCAGUCUCUCUCUUUGCAUUAUGCGCUCCUCAAAUCACUCUUUCCUUUCUUCUUUUUUCUGCUGGAUUUUUUUUUUUUUUUUGCUCAUGCAGGAAUACCCCCUCCCCCUUUCUUAUUUCCCUUACCUUCGCAUUCCCCUCUCGUGUUAAUUUCCAUGCUCGUCUCUCGGAUAUGUCAUGAUGAUGCUUUUGACCUUGCACCGUCGAGCUUAUCAGCCCGGUAUGCUGCUGUUCCUUCACAUACAUGGCGCGGUACAGAGGUGCUAGCUGAAUAGGAGUUACAGCUGCUUAUGUUGUGUGUGUCUGUGAUAAUUACCAUGGCUGUCAGUGGGGUGGAACAGGAGGGGGAUGAUUAAUGUUUUCACACACUCAGCUGUGAUGUGCAAGAAUGUGUGUGAAGGCUGUCCUUUCACAUAGCUCUAAACGGCCUUAACUAAAUUAUUUUCUUUCUGCAACAUCAAACUUCGCUGGCUGUGUAAUCACUGCAUUUGUACUGCUGGAAAGCGGCCUGGGCCAGGGGUGUGUCAGAGGAAGGCUCGAGGGUUCCCAGUGCCCCCAUCUCCUCUUUUAACUCUAAUUGGCCACCCGGGUACCCAUACUUUAAUCCUAUGAUAUAAUUGACCUUCUCUCUGGUCAGAUCAUAGACUUUAUAUAGACUGGACAUUGUCUGGCUCCUUGCUGGGUGAAGCCACUCCGAGAACAGCACCCUCUGGUGACGGGUUGCAGUAUAGGUCAUAAAUCCCACCUCCACUAUCCUUAUGGAGCUGUGGACAAAUUUUCGAAAUUUAUUACACAGAGUAUAGUUUUUUCUUCCCCCUGCUUGCGAUGUUGACAUGUAGUUACUGUCAGACUGGUUUUCUAUGAUUGACACCUGAUACAGCCUAUGGGCGUACGAAGAUUGCGUAGCUCACCCCGGGGAUACGCUGUUUGAGCCGAGCGUCAUCACAGCGACACCCGGUGACUCUCUCGCCAAAUGUAAUGUGUACAGCUUUACUGCGCAGUGUUGUUGUCAGGAAAUGAAGAAAAAAGAGCUUUUCGGCUUCAAAUCGAUAUACUGGCGGAAGGCGGAACCAAGUUGUCCAUAGUAUAUACAGUCUAUGCAUUUUGUAAGCAUUGUGUAGGCAGUGCCUUGGACUACGUCAGUGUUUUGUCCUGUAUACAGGGCACAUAUACUUUCUACCACCCCCAUUUUAAAAAUCUGGAUACGCCCCUGCUCCCUACACACUCUAAAUGUUGCAGACGGCCUCAUACUCAAUCUCCACUAGCUCAGGGCCCAGCAGCUCUAACCCUUUGCCCUGACCUUUUGCUUUGGGCGGGUAAGAGAAAAAGAGAGAUUGAUGAAGUACCACAUGAAACAGUCAACCAGUAAACCUCCAUUUAUCAAAACGAUUCUCCAGAAGAUUCAGAGCCAGCAGAGUUUAUAACUCGUGUUGUGUCUUUACUGUACAACAUCAGAUUUUUGCUCGAGAGCGGGUUUGAGGUCCGGACAACCGCAGCACAAGCCAUUAUGGCUCAUUUGUGGUCACAACAAGCUUCAUCACUGGUGUUUUUUUGAGCAGCUGCCUUGAAGAUAAGGAGUUAGUUAUCAAUCAGCUGCAGCCUGAAAGCCCCUCAGGAGAACAGCAGUGUUGCUGAGUAAUUUGGACGUCUCAGGGAGGAAGUUUGUAGUCGUGACACAGGGUUUGUAGAGUUUUUGUCAAGGUAAACACACAAAUUCUGGUUUUUAGUUGUUUUAAAGGUGUCAGUUUGGCUUUAUGUUGUUGAAACGCUUUUCUGGACAGAACCCCAGGGUACUGUCGGCUAGUCUAAGUCAAGCCAGGUAGGGAAAAAUCAUUGAAACUAUACUCUGAGCCUGUUUUGAAUCCCCCCUUUACCUCAGGCAAAGACCGACUGUGUCUCUGUCCCACUCGCUCUCCCUCAGCGCAAGGCCGGAAACGUUUCCUCUCUCUCUCCCUCUCCUGCAGCUUUUUUCAAACCUCCUCAGCCAGUGAGAGGAAUGCUUCAAAUUCCUCAGUCACCUAGUUCCAGUCUAGUGUCCUCAAACAAAAAAUAAGAGCAGGGGUGGGGGUGUGGGGGGGAAUGAAAGGGAAGGAGAAAACACAAUCCCGGAAAGAAAAUGAAAUGGAGCUGGAGGGAAAUAAGGGUUUGUUCUUCUUUUGUAUUCCUGCUUUGAGUUGCAGCGUGCUGUGUAUGUAAACCCUCACCGUGGUGUCUGUGUAUGUUAUUAUUAAGGAUGCGUUUUGUUUGUCUUCUGUGGUAGAGGUCUGUUUUGUCUUCUCAGCACUGGCAACGUAUCCUGUCUCAGUCAGCAUCUAAAAGGAGUGUCCAGAAGGCAAAACUGCAGGGGGAGAAGAGCGUAUGAGAGACAGAGAAUGGGAACAGGAUAGAGACAGUCUGCUAAACCGAGAUAGGUUACAGAUACACAACACAGUCAGUGUGAUAGCACACAAAUAAAUUAUGAGCUGCUACUUGGAGCCACAAAAUGUAGUUGGCAGUGAAUUAUGACAGAACUGCUCUGUGUUACAACAGAGGCUGUCGUCUUGUAGCCUAUUGCCUAUUGUUCGUACUUCUGCUCUGAAUCAAUUAAAAAGCACCAUGUGGGUGUUUGUGCACUUAUCAAAUACACUCCAGAUGUACAUUUGCAGAUGUGAGGCCAGUGGCUACACAUUUAAGGAUGCCUGUACGUUAAGAGUCACAGGGGGGUCGCUCAGGGCAGCGGGGGAUAAAGCUGGGAGUAAUAAGUGUAGGAAUCCUGGUCAGGACUCUUCUCAUCAGGGGCUUGUAACAGAAAGAUAAGUGGGAAACAGAUAUUUCAGCGGUUGUUGUUGAGCCUCCUUCAACAUCCCAGGGGUUUGGAUGGAUGAAGUACCGAUUCUUCCUGUGAGCCAGGAAGUGCUGUCGAGUUAACUUCGCGACAUUUGUUUUCCUGACACCCGAGCAUUGAGUUUACAGGUGGUGAGGGGGUGUGGAGGCUCAAUUUUUCUAAAGUCCCCUGAUUCAAGAGCUCUGGUUACACUAGAUUUUGUACGUAGUCAUUUUUAGACGACAAGACAGUAUAAAAACAUGUUUACUGGUAGUCUUCACAAGUUUACUCAAAGAUUUUGUGUGAAACAUGAAAAAAUGAUUUCCAGCUUUUUAAAAUGAUUUUAAAAAAGCAAAUAUUUUCUGGUUUCAGCUUCUUGAGAUUGAGGAUUUACUUGUUUUGAAGUCAAACACAAGAUUCAGUUUUAAAACUGUUUGGAUGGAUAAAAGAAGUCAUAAAAAGAGUCUUGUGACAGACAUUUACCAUAACACCAUAAUGCCCUACCACCAGGAUGUAAACAAGCAGUUGUCAGGUUGCACAAAUGAGGCGUAUUCUCAUAGAAAACUAAAAUAAUUUUAGGAUAAAGAAAACUGAAGAUAGACUCUCACUGAAGAAGGCUGCAAAUAAAAAAUGAAUUUCAGCAUUUCACCUCUUUGUCUUCCUCUGUAUCUCUUGACAAGCUGUGAUUUGUCUAUAAUGACUGUAACUGCCUGUGCUAUUGGCAUACAGACUCACCGGUCCUGCUCGUCUGAAAAGAAGCUCAAUAAAAGGCGAUAACGUGGCGCUUUUGGAGCCGACUAAACUUGACAAAGAUUAACAACAGAAUAAACUCACUGAAUGCUCAAACACCGACCCGUGCAGUAAAAUUCCAGGUGUGAUUUGUUGAUCCGCUCGAUCUUAAUUAGUGUGUUCUUGAGCCCCGGUGUGAGUUACUGUGUGCAUGUGUGGUAUCUAAAUGAUUGGUGGAUUACAGUGAGGCUAGUACACGGAGCAGAGGGCACGCAGAGCUCUCUCUCUCUCUAAUGAGCACUCCUCUGCUCUUUUUUUCCUGUGUCUGUUUGUCAGGCCUGCGCUGCUCCCACAGUCUGUGUGACCAGUCGACCAUGCAGGCCUGCUUCACCACCCUGCCUGCCAGGGUACAGCCUCUGGGGGCUGACAGACGUACUAGAGAUCCAGGCCUCCAGGGCCUUCAAAACAUUCCCACUGAUCGCCAUUAAGGCACAAUACAAUUACUGCUGAUGUACACAGAAAAGCAGAAUGGGAUAGGGGGAUAGGUUAGAGGUCUUUUAAUAAUGAGUUAAAGAGGAAUUAAAUAAUAAAAAAGAGAGUUAAACUGACACAGAGCUGUAGAAAGAUAUAGACACAAAAAUGCCAGAGGUAAGAGUGCAAGAAUGAAGACACCAGGGUGAUGAAGGAUUUGAUGUUUAUCAGGCUUUGGAUGGAACAGGGGCUCAAGACAGGAAUGCGUGAUAACUUAUCAGUUUAAAGUUUGCAGGAAUGUGAAGGAUGGGUGUGUGUGCGUGUGCUUGUUCACAUUUUUGCUCAAGAAGAUGCUAACAUGAAAAAGCACAGUCACAUUAGAAUAAGGUCGUGAGCUUUUCCAAACAAAUCAAGUCACUCAUUUCAAGAACAAUGCCUCCGGGCUGAGAGUCAUUUUUAUAAAUGUUUCUUGUUGUCAGCAGUGACAAUGUCAAUCAGACUCAAAAAUCAUGUGAAACUGUUUCUUUUGCUAAUCUGCUUUUCUUCUUCUUCCCUUCCCCAGAAACCCAGAUCCAAACCCAGGCAUUCAAUCUCCAAACCCAUCGAGAGCAACUACUUUGGCAUGCCACUAACCACCGUAGUCAGUCCUGAGAGGCCGAUCCCCGUCUUCAUUGAUAAGUGCAUCAGGUUCAUUGAAACAACAGGUGAGAGUCUGUUUGACUUCACAGAGAAAGAGCACAGAUGCUGAAUGACAUCCACUCAGGCUUUUGUUUUCAGUCUUUAAAGUAGAAACAGUUUUGAGAAUGAUUUCAAAGGAUCCUCUCUUCUUCCAGGUAUGCCAUACCUGCCUCAUUUAAUCUCUUUUUUCUAUAUUUUUGGCCUUAUCUUAAUCCUCCUCCCUGGUGGGAUUGUUACCUUCAGUGGUCUGCACAGCUAAGAGUGUGAUUCCGCCGUCCUCCUUUAGUCACACACUGCCUUUGUGUGCCUGUGCUUUUCUUUUGUGUCUUUCUUACUCUUUGUUCAGGCUCGAUAAACGGGAGUGCAUGGCUGAGCUUUAGGCUUUUUAGUUUGGCACCACUGGGGACCUAAGCUGAGUUACUUAAACUUUUAGGUUACCAAGAAAGUUUUUUUCACAGGAGAAGAAGCAAAUGAAGUCUGUUAUGCAUAUGUUGGACCUGACCAUUAACUGCAUUAGCUGAAUAAGUUCAGGAUUUAUCUGAUUUGUUUGAGCAGCGUAUCAUUUGUUAUUUCUUACCCAGCAAUUCCGGUCUGGUUCGUGUGAUGCAAAUUUCACAUGAGAAAUUAGAAAAUGUAGUACUGAGGUAUACUUUAAGAGACUUUAUAAUAAUAAUGUUAUUUCUCAAUACUGUAGAGAAAAUGAUGUCUGUUGAUUUAUUCUAAAUUGUUAAUGUAUAGUGUAAAGCAUCUUCAUUACCAUAUUUUUGGCACCAUAAGGCGCACUUAAAAUCCUUUUGGCCUGUCGGAGCACUGCAGCUACCAUAGCCUCGCGGAGUUAUUGAAUGAGUUAAAUAAAGUUUGACUUAUCUGACUUUUUUUUUUGGCUUAAUGCGCUUUAUAAUCCGGUGCGCCUUAUGUAUGAAAAUAGUCGCGUUCAUUGAUGGUGCGCCUUAUAAUCAGGUGCGCCUUAUAGUGCGAAAAAUACGGUACUCUAUCUGAUUUAAAGAGUGAAUAUGUACCUAAGUGUUGAUAAAUGUAUGAAGAGUAUAUCUGUAUAAUGUACUUGAUAUAUAGUAUAAGGGGUAGGUCUUAAUAAGCAUUGCUUCUGCCUGCACCCUUUCGGUCAUAUUAUACUAAAAUAAAUCCUAAUCCUAAAUAUCCUGCACAAAUUUACAAUCAUGUAAACAAUACCACUGUAAAAUACACAGCAGCAGUUUUGAGCAUGAUUAGCACAGGCCAGUCUACGAAGCAGCAUCAGUCUGACUUUGCAAGCCUCAGCCCAAACAUAAUCAUGUCAGCUAGUUGUGUAUAAAGCCAAAUGAACGAUUAGGUCAAUGAGAAUUUAUUGUUGCACAUGUACUUUUAAUAGUGUGUCCUCUCCUCUCCUCUCCUUCUUUGAUAGAGAAAUGUGCUUAUAGCUUCUUUUUACCUUGUUCCCCAGUUUCCAAAACCUCCUGCUGGGCUGUUCUGGUGCCCCACUGCCCUCAGUCUGCCACCAGCUGUUACACUCAACCAGAGGCAGCUCGGUGCAUAGCCUAUGGUUAUUUAAAGAUCGCUAAAAUCGUCUGUCUGUUCUUGGCUCAGGAUUUUAGCUGCUAAGGUCACAAGUUAAUGACCUUUGUCUCAACUUUCCAAACAUCUAAUUCUUUAGCUAUAGUGAGAUUUUUGCACAGGUUUGGUUUACAAGGCUGCUGGAUUUAAAUUUAGCACAUGCAUAUGCUCUAAAAGUAGUCUUAAUUCACUCAAAACAAGCAUCUAAUGUCUUUCCAAGAAGUUGUGUCUUUUUGACCUGAUACUUAAAGGUGGCGGUCUACAUUUCUUGAAAGGAAACUCCAAGAUAUUAUGGAAAUUUUAGCGCUCAUUAAAAUCCAGAUCGCUGAGGUCGUGACAGAGGCAGUUCUUCUCUUCAUAUGAAUAUUUGUGAUUCUGUACAGCAAGCUUAAUGUCGAGAAAAAAAAACCUUUAUCACUGCUUAUAUAUUUUUUUUACCUUUAAUAAAGUGAGUCACAUCACAGCAUGUGAAAUCUCUGCUGCGUUUGCUGACGUGCCAAAUCAUUAUCAUCAUAAAUGUCCCAAUUAGACAUCCUGUAUUCAUGGGUUUCUGCUGCCUUACAAAACCUUCAUCAUCAUCAUCAUCCACAUGUAUAUGAGUCAAAGGCUUAAAAGCUCGAGAUAAGGCGUUGAGUCAGAUUUUACCUCACAGUGUUUGGAUGUUGAGUAGGGCGGUCACAGCACACACAUCUAGGUAAAAGGGGAAAGAUAGAAUAAGAUAAGAUAAAAAACACUUUAUUGCGCCUCGUUCUUCUAUUGGAAACAGUAUGACUCUGCGUUUAGAUACGCUGUCGCUGGUGUGUUCAAAUAUAAGAAUAAAAACAGCUCCUCCAGAGGUGUUCUCCACCUCGUAUUUCCACUCACUCUUUAAGUGUCGUGCCUCAUCCUCUUUCCUCUCUCCUACUGUGUCUCUACUUUCUUCUCCUGAUCCAGCCAUCUCCCCUUCCCUGUUUCUCCCCGCACUUUGACUUGUCACAUUUAAUAUCUUUCAUCUUAUUUCCUAACCUAUAUUUCUCUUUCUCCUAUCAUCACCUCUUACAAUUCACUGCAUUUCUCUCCCCCCUUCUUCCUCUUUCCUCCCGUCAGCCUCCUUUCGUGUGUGAGUGUAGGGCGUGUUUUAGCCGGGGGCUUGCCAGGUAAUGUUCUGCCACAUCGCUCCCUCUGUCCGAUCAAUAUCACGACAUGGGAAAUUGGAAGAAUGUUUGGACUCAGCCCUUUUUCCCCCCUGUAAAGCCUGCUUCUGUAACUGUAUUUGUGUGUGUACGUACAGAACACUGAAAUAUUCACUUUACAGUCUUACACAUGCAGUACACAACAACACACACACACAGAAUAAGUGUGACAAGAAGGGGAAAUGAGCCACAGUGUGUUUUUUUUUUUCAUUUCAAUUGUGAUCGCUGUGAGAAGUGGGGCUUUACAUAUCCUCUAUCUGUGUCUACAAUCUGUGAGUAUAAUGGCACUCUCAGGAAAUUACUACACCACGCUGACACUAUGUUUGUCGCUAUAGUGCGUGCUGAUAAUGAGUGGCGUUGUGAGGCUGACCCUACAGACCUGCUGAUCUGACCUACAUCCUUCCCUGCUACAAAAAUAGUCACUCACAGCCGGUUUAAAACGGACCCUGCCACUCCUGUGUUUGUUCAUAUUUAUUUUGAUGUCGUUUAAAGUCCUGUGGUCUGAUCGCUGCCCUCGAUCUGUGUGAUACCCCUCAGACAAAGUCAAAUUGUUCAUUCUCACGUCAAAAAACUUUUCAACUAUUAAAACAGAAACAUUUUCAGGAGGCAAAAGUUCGAUAUUCCUUUUUCCAUCUCCUAUUCAGCGGUCUUAUUUCUUUGUUGCUUCUCUUAAUUCUGCUUCAAUACUCAGUCUUUUGUCCUCCAGAAUAAUAGAAGUGCCUCUCAGUGUUAUUUUCAUGCAUUCUUGUACAAAAGCAGUUUUAUAAAAUCAAUCCAUAGUGACUGCUCUUAUCUCCCCUCGGUUGUGGCUUUCUCUCAGCGUGGCCGCCGCAGCUUGUUGUUCUGCCUGUUGGUAACCAGGUGAUGGAUUUGUGUUACUGUGUUGCAGCAUAUCUGCAGGCUUUAGGAGCCUCCAUAGUGACAUAAAGGGCAGCACCCAGUCGCUGCCUGUUUCACACAGUAUGGUGGACUAUGGAGGCAGGCUUCUCGGAGCUACUGCCUACUCUGUAAACCUGUUAUAACCCGCCUCCACCUCACCUCCUUUGAACACUGUAUCUUAUUAAAGCAGUGCCAUAUGUAUUGUCACGGACUUCCUGUCAGUUUAUAAGAAUAGAACAUUUCUGGUGGACCUGAACAAUACGAGAGUAGCAGUGUAUGAUAACAUUGUUCAACAUAGAAACCAGGAUUGUGUUCGUUUUAUCCACCAAAAUAAACGCCAUCACCUUUGCUACCAUAAUGCUAAACUGCAGGAUUUUAAUCUAGAAAUGAAGAUAAAGUUGUGUGUAGGCUGUGCAGGUGAACCAGCAAAUGCAUGUGAAUAUUUUAACCUGCAGGGAGAACUGAAGGCUGGUGGUGUUAAAUCUGCUAACUCUAGCCACGCUUUGAAAUCACGUACCUGCAGACUCUGGUUUGGUAUGAAGCUCAGUUCAAUAACUUUGACUGUUUUCUUAGUGUUUCUUUACUCUUUGACUAGUUUGAUAGUCGAAAUUUCAAUUUCCAUUUAAACAAAAAGGGAAAUUAGCCACUUUGAAAUGUCCUUAAUUCUCUAAUUCUCAUUUUAUCUACUGCUCUUUAUGUUUCACAACAUACCUGUUAAAAAAGAAAGCACCACUUGUUCACUGAAUAAGGUUUUUCUUCUGUAUUGCAACAAAUGUAGACCUUGAGAGGUGCUCAUAUCACAAUAAUUAUGAAGGUUUAAUUUGCUGCUGAGCCAAUUAUUUAGGCAAUAUUUACAGUAACUUUCUAAAGAGAUAAAAAUAAACGGUGCACCCUCCCUCUCGUAGCUCCCUCUCUAUUCCUUUAAUCUCAUUUAACCUCCAUCUUUUAUGAGUUUUAUUCUUUCAAACACUCCCAUCCUUCCAUGUAUCUCUCCUUAUCUUACUACCUUUAUUUUUUCCUCUCAUCCCCUCUUUCAUACCUCUGACCCUCUCUCCUACGUGUCCUCACACUCCCCCACUAUCUUCCUCAUACUUGGGUGCUUGUCCUAUUUUGCCCCUAUCUCUCGCUCUCUCUCGCUCUCUCUCCUUACACUGCUGCUACACUACUCCCCUUUUUCCUAUCUCCCCUCUCAUCCCUGUUUUCCUAGUGUCUGGCUAGAAAAGCCUUUGUGGAUAAUUGAUUGGUAGAAGGAGGAGAUCGAUGCUGUAUGCCUCGACUGAGAGCUCUCUCAUUUCCUCCCUGCCUCUCUCUAUCUCACCCUCUUUUUCUGCCACUCCCUAUCUCCUUUGCUCCCUCCGGAUUGCUCUUUGUCUCCCUGAAUCACCAGCAAAGUGUGAACCAACAGAGGGUUUUGAGGGUGGGGGUGGGAGCUUCUAGAAAAUGAUCAACAAGAGAAAAAAAAGCGAGCUUUCUGUUGCACCAGAUGUGCUUUUUCAGUCAUCGCUGUCCUUAUUUGACUUCUUCGUGACUACAUUUUAAUUAUUGUAGGCCAAAAAAGCCACCUCCGCUCACCUGGGCUGCAGCUCCAGCUAGUAGCUACUGCCACAAGGCGAUCAUGCUCUACUACCCGGAUGUAAUCCAGCUCAAAUGUGCUGCUUUUGUGUUUUUCUCCAGCGAGGAAAUAGUUGUUACAGCACAGGAGGAGGUAUUAGAUUAUUCAUUCAGAUGUCAUCAGCUUAAAAAAUAACAAAGAAAAUCUGAAAGUGCCGCUUAAAUCUUUAGAAAUUGAAUGUCAGGAAUCUUAGGUAGUUGUUAAGACUUAGGAAUUGUCUUGUGAAUGAGAUGAUUAGAUUAUAUUGGAAGAGAUUACUGCUGUACGUAGAGAAUAAUACCCAACAGGCUUCUUUAUUAACCAUUAAAUCAGCCUCUUCAAUCAUAUCACCAGACUGCACCUGCUGCGAGCCAGCGAGAGACGGCAAAACUGUAUUAAAGCUGAAGAAAAAAGAAAAGAGGAAAGCUUAAUUGUAUUUAAAUCAUCAGGCUGUGGCAUUCCUGCUCUUUUGUUUGCUAUUGUUCUAGUGAUGGAUGGAAAGACUUUGUUGCUGUCACUGUCUGUUUUCUACUUACAGUAACCUGAACUUCUGCAGCUAAAAUGUUUGUCUUCACAGGUUAUUGUCUGUUCUUCUCAGUUUUCCACAGAUUUGGCACCAUACUCUACCAGAGUAUCUUGUAUUGUACAUUUCAAAGUAGAAAAAUACUUCUCCUCCUGUUUUUUAGACACCAAACUGUAAUUGCAGCGCUUCAAAUAAACAAGGAUGCAUCAGGGUAUCCUCUGAAUUAUGGUGUUGGGAUAAAAGCGCACAACUUUAGCAUUUUCUGAGGUCAUUUUGAACCGUGGGGCUCUAAGUGAGUGGGCUCUCUGUAGACCUGCGGGAGUUAUUUAUGGGUUUAAUAAAUAGUGCUAAUAGUGUCUUUAAAUUGAAGGAAACAAAGGAAGAGUCCAUGAGGCUGCUUAGUCUGCUGUACCUCUACUUUGCAAAUCCAUACCCUUGUGUAAUGAUAUAUUAAGAGGUGGUUGAUCAGUUCCCAUAAAGCUUGAUACCGUUGGCAAAUUGAGCACAUGAAACACCGAGCUAACAGCACUUCUCCUCCUUCUUCUGCCAGGAUUGAACACGGAGGGCAUCUACAGGGUCAGCGGCAACAAGGCAGAGAUGGAGAGCAUGCAGCGGCAAUUUGACCAAGGUCUGUAAUUUCCUACUUACCGCACUCCUACAUGUAUAAGAACACCUUCUCAUUCUUUCCUCGGCUGUUAAAGCACAAGGCUCUACGGAGAAAAGGUGAUGGAGGUGCUGGUGUGUGUGUCUACAUCCAUCCAUAACAAGCCUGGAUACUCUUAAUUAACCAGGCAGCGUUCAUUCUACCAGGGGAAUUGGCCUUGACUUCUUCAUAGACAUCAGAGCUGCUUCCCUUAUCUCCUACCUGCUACCUGUGUGCAUGUGUGUGUGUGUGUUGACACGAGUGCAUGUACAAGUUUUUCGCCCAAUGUGUGUCCCCAAGCAUGUGUCUGUCUAGUGUGGGCAGUUAAUUACCUCAAGAUUGGUUUGGUUAAUGAAGCAUGCCGCUGCAGAGAUGGAUUGCAGGGUAAGAUGGCCUUUAUGGGUACGGGAGUGUGUGUGUAUAUGUGUGUGUGUGUGUGUGCUUAGUUGAGGUUAAAUCUAACUCGCAUAAUCAGAGUUGAAGCCCGGCAUUGAAUCACGCUGAGCCUCGGGGACAAUGGGACAAGACAAUUACAGGUGAAACCACAGCGUAGGUGUCUCUUGGUCACACAGAAAGGCGGCACUUCAUCAGCUCCCUGAAGAUUCAGAUAACUCAUUACAGGAUGAGGAAGCAUCCGAAGCACGGCGCUUUAAAAAAACUCUCAAAAUUGGGGACUCGUAUUCGACUUCAAUAAGACGCCAACCCUUUAUCAUUUCCUUUUAAUUCUUUCUCCUACGCGUGCAACCUUUUGUAGAGUAAAAAGUUUUCAGAAAAUGGCUUUUUUAAUGAAGUCAACCUCUCACACUCUAUCUAGUUUUAUUUUUUAAACAACCUCAUAUCGUCUGUUGUGAUUUUUAGAUUACUUUCUUUUCUUUCUUUUCCCAGAUCACAACCUGGACCUGGUCGAGAAGGACUUCACGAUCAACACAGUAGCAGGAGCCAUGAAGGCCUUCUUCUCUGAGCUGCCGGAGCCUCUGGUGCCCUACAGUAUGCAGGGCGAGCUGGUGGAGGCCUUCAGUAAGUUCUGAGAUGGUGCAAUUUAAGAUGGGGGGACAGGGUGCAGGGAUGUGGGGGGAGUUCUUCACCCGCAAAAAAUCGAGGCGUAUUGGACUCUGCCGUAAAUCCUUUUCCCUUCGUUGUGAUUUUUCUUUAACCUAACAAGCACAACUCUUGCAAUCCAAAUCCAUCCAUGGGGAGGAUUGGAUUUGCCUCGCACGGUGGAGGAAAAGGGAACGGAGGGGAGAAUAUUCAAGGCUUCAGGGAAAGGAGGAUGUCCGGAUGAUUGCAUGAUGGAGGGAUGCUGGAGCUCUAUGGAUGAAGUCAUAAAGAAACAGUCAUAUGUUAGAUAAACGAGGCUCUAUGCUGCCUCUCUUUUUCUCUUUGUGUCCUGUAAUCUGUCGGAACGGAGAUUUAAGGCGUAGCUUAGUCUUGCAUCGCGCCAGAAAGAUUUACCCCCGGGCUGCAAGGCUGCUGUCACUCACAAGCUCUGUGUUUGUGUGUUGGGGUUUUUUUUUCACGGCCCCGGCGAGACCCUUCAGCCAUGACAGAGACCUGAUAAAGCUGCUGCAGUCAGUGCCGCGAUAGAGCAAAAGAAGAAGAAGAAGAGUGAGGUGGAGUUGAGAGACAAGAAAAUAUAAAAUUUCAUUUGGCAUUUUCAGGAAAUGAGUUAUUUUACUGACACUUUGUGCAAAGAGAGAAAUCAGAGAGGAGCAGGAUGGGUUGGUGUUGAUGUUAACCCGCGUUGUCAUGGUGACGUUACUUUAAAUAAGCUGUAGAAAGUUAAGUUUUGAUUGCAGAUGAUGGAUGUGGAGCAGGAGGAGCCGGAGCUGUGUUAAGUCAUUACGCCUAAAAAUCUGUUUUUGAUCCACACUGACCUCAUCGCGGGAAUAUAAAGUCAAAUUCUCUGAUUGUAAAUCAUGUUUGUGAUGUUGGAGGAGAACAUCUGCUGGUCUCACUGCUGCUCUCUGCCUCACACACACACACACAGACACACACAGGAUGGACUGUGUUAGGCGGUGACGUCAGCUGUUCUGACUCACUUACUGCCAUCAGGCUUAACACACCCAGUGCAUGUAUGUGUGUGAUUGUGUGUGCGAUCCUUAGGACAAUGUGAUGGGUGUAUGCAUGGUAUUUCUCCUCUGGGAUGUAUGUGGUCUUUGUUUCUGCAUUUUUUCUGUCUUAAACCGGAGUUCUGAGUGUUUUCAAAGCAUGUGCGUGUGUCUCAUUCAUCUCUUAAGGUUUUAGGAUGAAAUCACUUUGUCCAGCGCAGAUUUUUCCUCGAGCUGAAUCCAAUUGCUUUCACUACGCUCCUCUUCCGUUCCUCUCCAUUGUACCCGUCCCUUCCCUUUUUAAUCCUGCUCACCCACACCCCUGACAUCUUUUUCCCCCUAAUCUUUCCUUUCAGCCUCCUUUCUCUAACCUCUCCCUUUUUUCUCUCCCUCUGCCACCAUCCAGAGAUCAACGAUAGAGAGCAGCGCUUCCAGACGAUGAAGGACAUUCUGCGCCGCUUCCCCAAGGAGAAUUACGAGGUCUUCAAAUAUGUCAUCAGCCACUUGAACAAGUGAGUGAGUGAAAGGGUCAAAGACGGCCUCUGACAACUGUGCUGACUACACCGCUGGUCACACAGUCAAGUGACCUCGCUGUGACAUCAGUGAAGCUAGCGCAGUGACAGAAUAGAGGUUUUACUCAGGUUUAAACACAAGCGGAGUUAACGCAGCGAUGACUUAAUCUCUAUUUGUGCUCAGAUGGCCAAACAAAGAGGAUGAACGACAGAGUGCAGCAAAGUGAGCAUGCUAGCAUUAGCAAGGGGCUUAUAGCAACGCAGUGCUGCUGUUGUGGUUGGAGUCUCUGAGGGGAGGGGAGAUUUCUUUUAAAUAUGACAAGUAAGGAGCAGGUUGGUCAAUGCCACUCACCUCGGCCUGAGCUCAAUGCCUGUCCCUGGAUGAGGCUUUAAAAAAACAUAAAAAUCUUGAUGUUCUGAUCCAAGGUUCCCAACUCUAAAAAAGAAAGUCCUGCUGCUCUGAUAUUCUUUGAUUUGUACAUGUUCAGAGUUUUUUCCACAAAGGUAGCAUAAAGUGUGCACACUAAAGUAAAUGUAAUUUAACUACCUCUUUAUGUGCUCUAAUAAUAUCCACUUUUACUCACAUUUAAGUCCCAUUCAGAGGCUGUUUUCUUGUUAAAAGGUUUUGUAAAAAGUUACACACUGAUGUUGUGCGUCUGAAGAGGUAAAUAGCCAGUCAUAGUACAGGAUUUCAGGGUGAUGCUGGUGUCACCUGUCGACCAUCAGUGCCUCCUACUUUCAGAUUUUCUGCAUUAAUCAGGAAUUGAUGCGACUGACCUCUGUGUCUUUGUCUUUUCCAGGGUGAGUCAGAGCUACAAGCAGAACCUGAUGACCAGUGAGAACCUCUCCAUCUGUUUCUGGCCGACCCUGAUGAGACCAGACUUCACCACCAUGGACGCCCUGACUGCCACCCGCACCUACCAGACAAUCAUCGAAGGCUUCAUCCACCAGUGCGCGUACUUCUUCUACAAUCAGCCGCUGGCUGACGGCCUUCCUGGCUCCCCCACCUCCACACUCUCCUCCUCCUCCUCCUCAGCCUACUCCUGUAUGGCUGGGGGCUACUCAUCCUCGCCAACACCGUCCCCCACUCCCUACGUCCUCCCUGCCACCCCUCCUGUCAUCCCACACUAUGGCCCCCCUAUCCAUCACCACCACCACCACCAUCACCACCAUCAUCAACAUCAGUCCCCACCCCACUCCCCUCCUCCAACUCCUCAGUCCCCGCUACCAGCACUGCUGCCGCCCUCACUGCACCCCCACCACCCCCCUACGGAACAACACACGCUGUGAACCAGGGAUCAAGGGAAUAAGGGAGAAAAUAAAAUAAAAAACAACAAAGAAAAUGAGAUUCAGAGAGUUUAAAGGAACAAGAGAUUUUGAAUUUUGGGAGAGUUGAAGUUGAUCAAUUAAAGGAGCAAAGGAAGUAGAAAGAAAAGUUGGGAGAGAUUGAGUGAGAUGCAGUAUGUACAGGGAGAAAUUUACAAGUUUGGGAGAUAAAAAGAAGAAGAAGAAGAUGCCGGGCAUUUGAGCCUUUGUUUCUUUUAGAAAAACAGACACACACACACACACACACACAGCAGAAAAAGGGGAAAAACACUGAACUUGCAGUCUCUUUCUCCCUCCUUGCCACUUUAUCCCUUUUUGUCUUUCUACAUCUAGACGUGCCCUCCUUGCCUUAUAGAAAACCUUCACACAAACACACUGUAGACGAGUGAGACUAUGCCAGGAACUCAUAAAGGGACUUUGAAAUAAAGUGCAGGAGGAUUUGAAUUCUGUCGUGUUGGAACUGCUCUACACUCAGACUCACACACACAAACACACCAAGUGGCCAGUGUGCCUCCGACAACCAUCCUCCUCAAUCCCUGCGCCUCUGACUUUACUGGGAAUUAAGGCAGGCGGUGCAUGUUUUCUUUGCAAUCCAACCCACCUGCUGUAUCUACCUGGAGAACGUGGCUGUGACAGAUAUCGAGCAGAGAGCGAUUCCUGGAACACAUGUUUGUUUAUUUCACCGCUGCACAUGAGGACUUAAGCAAGAGACACGUGUUGCCACUCACCCGACGGGAUGUUCUGUCCUCAGCGUCUCACACAUUCCUAUCUUUCAACCCCUCACUCAGCCGCACAUGCGGACAAAUUUCAGCUUCAGCCGUGGCAGAAUGCCAAGCUAAGAGGGAAAAAAAAUCCAAACUGACUGGAUCUGGGAGGAAGCAAAUGGGAGCAAAAGAUUACGGGGGGUUCUCACACCUUGGGCAUUUCAGGAAGUCUCCCGAUCUCCUGUUAGCUCUGUCUCUCACAGUUUCAACUUACACCUCAAAAUGCUUAAAAAGGGGAUGUUUUGAUUGGUCUAAAUCUUGAUUCUCAUUAUGCUUUCAUACUGCCCUGAUAAUUCUUAACUCUGUUUUUUUAUUUGAUGAAACCGUAGAGAUCUAGGCCCAUCACUCAAUGAGCGGCCUUGUGUGUCAGUGUCGGUGCCGCUGUCUCGUCUGUCUGUGUGCGCAUGAAUCCAUGCCUUUUAGUUGUACCUGGAUUUUCUGAAGUGGGCAGACGCUGGGAAUAAUUCCAGUGUUGGACCUUUAACUGUCAUGUUGCUUCUUUCACGCUGUGGUGUUUAUUUUUUGUAAGAGUGAGUCGGCGCUGCAGUUUUCACAGUGAGGACCUUGUUAAAAGAAAAAGAAAAAAAGCACUUUCCUGAGCACUUUGAAGGCACAUUUUAAGUUGGAGCUGCCAUGACUCGACAGCCACCACUCACUUUAUUGUCAGUCCACCCAACUCCCUCCUUCUCUGGGAGCACACCACUGACAUCUAGAGGAAGAAUUGGGUGCUGCAGCCAUAAUUUCACCUCACCAUUACUGCAUGGGCGUAGCACCAUUUUCCUACUGUGGUUUUUGUAGCGUCAGAUUCUCUUACAGGGUGUAAAUGUUCAGAUAUUUUACCAUUGUGUGUCAGGUGACAUUAACUCUACAGCUCAUGAAGCGUAAGGGUUUAAAUAGAAGAAAAACACCAUUUAAAAAUCUUGUGCACAUCGAUUGAGAUUAUAUAGAUUCAGGCUCUGUAGUCACAAAGCACAUGGCUACUUUGCAGUUUAAUAGUUAUGCAGUGAAAAAAACAAAUCCUCUGUCUGUUAUUAACCGAUGCACUUGUCUCUUUGUCGAGGAGUGCACGUCACCUCCCAGAUGCUGUGUAUCAGGGGGAAGGGAAUAAAGAGGUUGGGACACAGUUUGGCAUUAUAGGCAGAGAGUAAGAGCUGGAGGGAAGGCACACGCUUUAACAGGAUGGAGGCUUUUUAUUGUCGGACAUAAUUGGAAACCACCGCUCCAGGCCUCAGUACACUGUCCUCUUAGGACACGGUAAACACCCUUAGAAAGGAGACUCAAACCUGCUCUCAGUGGGCUAAAAAUCUAAUUUAUGAGAGUGUAACCACUACACCAGACUCCCUCUGCCGUCGGUUUGAAGCCACAACACAACCCCAGUUCUCCCCUGACCAACAGAGACAGUUCGGUUCUAGGAGAGACAGCAGACAGAACAGACAGUCCAUUCAUCCGUCUGCAUGACUGGAAUGGAGCAUCGCAGAAUUCCUCGGCCCCAGACUGCUGUUACCGUAGAAACCAGCGAGAUGAGGCUUGAGUUGAGUUGCCGAGCCCUUAUCAGGAAGCUUGUGUGUGUGUGUGUAUGUGCGCACAUUCAUGUCUCUGUGUUUGUGUGAGCUCGAGAAAGGGUGUGUGCAUGUGAACCUGUGCGUGUUAAUGUUAAGCAGAUGCUCACCAAGGUCACUUAAUUCUUUUUGACACUGAAUUGCAUCUCUGCAUGUCUCCCCAGACUAUCAUCUCUGCCCAAAAGGAGAAGAAAAACCUUUUAACCAAUCACUGAACUCUUAAGGGAGCUUUUAUCAGUCUACACUACCUAUUUACCUUGUGUGUCUGUGUGUGUAAUCAAGGAUACCGGAAUUAAGAGUGUGUGUGUGUGUGUGUUAGGUGGAUGGGUUUGAGCUAACAUGCUAGCAAGCUGUGCUUGGCAGACAGCCAGACACCAGCGUGAUCCAAACAAACUUGAAGGAGAGGAAUGCAGUUCUCCUUGCGGUCAUUACCCCACUGUGUAACCCUGUUAGCCCGUCCAGAUUACACACACUGAUCCUCAGAGAAAGUGUGAGAGAGAUUUGGGAGAAAAAAAGGGGAGAGAUUUGGGAGGGAGGACAGAUAGCAAAUGGGUGAAUGGGAUCAUUAUUUGGGAGACAGAGGGAGGAAGGAGGGGGUGACCACUGGUACUUGUGUGUGAACGCCGGCCAGUGGCGUUCCCUGUGUAUAUCAAUGUGUUAAUACUGAACUGACUGUGAGGCAGCCAAAGACUGUGGAAAAAAGGGUCGAGGGAGAGAUGGGAAGCAAAGUGACAGUUUAGAAGAACAAUUGAAUUUAAAAAAAAAUGUGACUUUGGUUCAGUGAUAAUAUGUGGCUGCAUUACAUUUCUUUUUCUUUUUUGCAACAAUGGUGACAGAUGUCUGUUAAGUUAAAAUGAGAAACAAGCAAAACUAUAUUCAAAUGGUUGUUUAUUGGUUUAUUAGGGGGUCUAACAGUUUGCCCGUGUUAAAUAAAAAAAAAGUUUCUUUUUAUGUUUUAUUUUAAUAAUUAAAGAAUUCAAUGCUUUUUUUAAAAAAACAAUUUCUUUGUGAACGAUUGAGAGACCAGCCCAGUAUAAUGCAUGAUUUCUUCCCGAAUAAAGGAAGAGGGCUCUACCGACUCUCACUAUUUAAGAGAUGAUAAAAAAAAAUAUUAAGAAAUUAUGGGGGGAGAGAAAAUAAUAAAGGAAAAAAAUAAAUGAAGUACUGUAAAGUAUAAAGAUAACAUCAAACAAAAAAAAACUGUCAUAUUUGCUGAGUAUGGUAACUUGUCUCAAUGGGAAUGGUGUAUACAGCAAGGCCUUAUGUGAUCUGUAUCAUAGUUAAUAAAUCAAAUCUUGUAAAACUUC